GGGUGGCGCGGGUAGGCCGGGCUUGAGGAAGAUGGCGGUAGCAGCAGCAGCAGGAGCAGGAGUGUCCGGGCGGGGUGGUCGAGGGCUGGCGUGCGCCUCUCCGGGCUGGGCGCUGCUGGGCCUUUUCCUGCUGCUGGGCUCUGCGGCUCAGCCUGGCGCCGCCACCACCCACUGGGUGGUCACCGAGGAUGGCAAGAUCCAGCAGCAGGUGAGGGAGGGGCUCCUCUGGCCGCUGUGGGAACCGUCGCCAUAGAAACGCUUCCUCCCCCCCCCUUCCCUCUGCAUUCUUCUCCCGGUGCCAAGGAGGGUCCGUCCCCUGUGUAGGGAAGGAGAGAGAGAGAGGCUCCGCGGGCGCGUUGCCGGUGCCUGAGGUGCAGCCCCUUCCCAUCCCUCCCUUCCGCAGGGCACUUUCCAGCGCCGCUUCCCUUGCUGGCUCGAGUUUCCUUCCCUCCCUCUCAAGUCUCCAGGUGCACAUGGCCGCGAGGUUCUUUCUAGAGAGGUGCGUGAGCAGAUCCUGCAGGAUCAGGCCAGUGGCCCAAAUAGCCCAGCGUCCUGGGGAAACCAGCAAGCGGGGUUCGAGCACAAAAGCAGCUCUCCUCCUCUUCCCCUCCUGUGGUUUCCAGCAACCUCGUUGCUGCUGUUCUUGAAGCUCUUCCUUUGAUCAGCGUUUCUGUGGUGGUGACCUAAGAAGAGUCCAGCAGGGAUCCCUUUAGGACAGCAAAGUGCCUCUGAGGAAAGAGUGUGAUGUAGGAAUAGUGUCAGCAGGCCUUCCUUGUUGCUUUUCUGCCCACACCCCUUCUGGGCGGCCCACGGUUUGGUCUUCAGGUGUAUACUGCCUCUGCUUAUGGACAUUUUCAUUUAGUUACAGUAAAGGUUGACCUCUGUGAAUUUAUCUAAGCUAUCACUGUGACACAUUAUGUAGUGGUGAAUUCCAUAAGUAACCAUGUGUUACAUGUAAUAGAGAGAUAAAGGUACUAUUGGCCACCUGUCACUUUCAUUGGGACCUUCAUUCCGGAAUAAUGAGAGAGGUGAACUGAAGACUCCUCAGUUUCUCCACAUGGUUUUAUUAACAGGUCAUGUGUCUUCAUAGUCAUCUUUCUCUAAAGAGCCCCAAAUGUCCUAGCUAGCCAUUCCUUGUUUGGAAGUCCAGCUCCCUGAUCACUUUAGAAGCUCUUGUCUGUAGUGUUUUAAAUAUCUCCUAAUUCCCAACAUUUAGUUUUUCUUCCCCCACCCUACAAUGCUGCACCUUCUGUUGAAGCUUUCAUUUAAGGUUUUCUGUGGCACACAGUCAUCUUCCACCUGAAAUGCCCUUUUUGAGUCCUACAAAAUCUCUUUCAAGUUUCAUCUACAAGCAUGGCUAUCUCACGGCUCACCCUAAUUCCAUAUCAUAUAGGAAUGUUAAAUGGCAAUGGACCCAGUACAGAGUUUUGUUCAGAACAUUUUGAAAAUGUUCUGCUUAUUCCUACCCUCUUCUGCAUGAUUUCACAACCAAUCACCAUUUCACAACCAAUCACCAUUUCACAACCAUGACUACUGUUUACUUAGGAGCCUUGUUGGAAGUCCAAGUAUGACUACUGAAUCUCCCCUACCUUACAUGCUUGUUGACACUCGAAGAAUGAAAAGCAAAACAUCCUUUGCGGAAGCCAUUCUAAUUAAUUAAUGUUGUUUAACCAUCUAGUUUCAGUAUUGCUUUCUACUAGUUUACUUAGGGCAGUAAUUAGGAUAAGUGGUUCUGUGAUUUAUCAGAGCCCCUCUGGCUCCCUUUUUAACAGGCUUGAUUUCAUAGGCAGCCAUGUCAGUUUCACCUUUGCCCUCAUUCAGUUUGUUCUGUUUCUUUCUUUCUUGGUGGAGAGACUUGGGCAGAGGUUGAUAAGUACAAAGUUCCAUGUCACUCUCUAUUUCACACAUCACUGCUUUUGAGUGAGUUUUAUAAGUGAACCACAGAGCCAUCAAACCCUCGCUUUAAGUAUUAUUUGGGCUAUACCUGGGUGAAGCAUUGCUCAUUUAUCGAUAGGAAGAUUUUCUGUUUUGAAUGGCAAGGCAAGGCAUCAGUCCACUAGACAGCAAUGACUAGGCAAAGUAUAAAAAGGUAAAGGGACCCCUGACCAUUAGGUCCAGUCGUGACCGACUCUGGGAUUGCGGCGCUCAUCUCGCUUUAUUGGCCGAGGGAGCCAGCGUUUGUCCACAGACAGUUUCCAGGUCAUGUGGCCAGCAUGACUAAGCCGCUUCUGGCGAACCAGAGCAGUGCACGGAAACGCCGUUUCCCUUCCCGCUGGAGUGGUACCUAUUUAUCUACUUGCACUUUGAUGUGCUUUCGAACUGCUAGGUUGGCAGGAGCAGGGACUGAGCAACGGGAGCUCACCCCGUCAUGGGGAUUCGAACCGCCGACCUUCUGAUCAGCAAGUCCUAGGCUCUGUGGUUUAACCCACAGCGUCACCCGCAUCCCACAGGCAAGGUAUAGAAGGUGGUAAAUCUAUUCAGCAGGUACAGUUCACCAGAAAUGUAGUUUGGAAAAAGAAUAUCAUGGCAGCUUGAUUUUAUAAGAUGGCAGCUGUUUUAUAAGUUAAAUUUUUGCCAGCAGCUUGGAGCAGUUCUACCAAAUUAAAAGGACUUAUCUCAUUUGAAUUGCUUUCCUGUUAUAAGUUGAUGGGCUUUCAUAUAAAAGGUAUUCCCUUUUAUAGAGUGAAUUCAAUGGUUACCUACAUAUAAUAACCUGUUUUUAUAGGGCUUCCUGGUUUUCAUUAGUAUUACAAAUCACAUAUUUUGUUGUUACCUAGAUUUGUUGGUUCUCUUCUGUGCUUUAUAACGUAUGUCAUAAGGUGGUGGGGUGAAUCUGUAGGUAAGUUUAAGAUGGUGAAAGUUUGGCUAUGCUUAAACUUCAUUGUACAUUGUUGAGGUCUGCAACUAAAUUUGUUUUCUGAUCAUAACUCUUUUACUUGUUACAAACUGUUCUUAAUCUAGAGCCUCUGCUGAUCACUUCCCAGUUUUGCUAGCUUUCUGAUUUUCCUGUAAUAAUUAAUAUCCAUACCAUUUACCAUAUGAGAUAUUGAAAGUGACUCUAGUACAGUGGUACCUCGGGUUAAGUACUUAAUUCAUUCCGGAGGUCCGUACUUAACCUGAAACUGUUCUUAACCUGAAGCACCACUUUAACUAAUGGGGCCUCCUACUGCUGCGCCGCCACCGGAGCACGAUUUCUGUUCUCAUCCUGUCCUGCAGCAAAGUUCUUAACCUGAAGCACUAUUUCUGGGUUAGCAGAGUCUGUAACCUGAAGCGUAUGUAACCUGAAGCGUAUGUAACCUGAGGUACCACUGUAUUUAUUACACUUCUAAUCCAAUCUCCUUAAAGGGUACAAAGUCUGAGAGUUGGACUUGCUUCCCUGCUAUGCAAAGUUGCCUCAGGUUUUGGUUGGUCCUAGUAAAGCUAUUGUCUAACCAUGAAUUUUAGAUAUAAAACAGAUGGUAAGCAACAAGUGUUUGUCUGCUACUGGACAGAAUUAGUCAGCAGAAUGGGGAGGGGGGCAAUUUUUGGUGUUCCCUUCCUGCUGCCCCUCCUUGAUCUUCUCUGGAGGGGACCCUUCGGAGCAGAUUUCUGGGGAGCUUCAGGGGGUGAGGGGACAAUUGAAAUUGUUUCCAUACCCAAUCUUGCUGACAGUUUAUCUUCUAACUGAUCAAAUACCAAUGGAUGUCAUACUGUAUUAGCUAUUCUGGUGUGGAGAUGCCUCUUAAUUAAAAAUUUAAUAUUUACUUAUUAAAAUGUGUAUACUGUCUUUUAUUUCAAAUAAAUAUUGAGGUGGUUAUAAAUCAGUAAAACAGACAGCAUAUAACAAAAUAUGAUAAAAUGAUAUUAAUGAAGCAGAAAUAAAACAUCAGGAUCAGCUGCAGUAGCCAGAAAUGCCAAGAAUCAGUAUUAACUCUUGGGCUGGGGUUUUUUGUUGCGGGGGGUUGUUGCUGUUCUUUUUUUGUAUCUUUAUUUUAGAUCUUGCUUUAUAUGAAAAUUGUUCCAUUUGGUUCUGUAUUUUUAAUGUCUUAUUUAUUGUUUAUAACUACUUUUGCUAUGUUGUAGAUAUGUAUUUUUUCAUGUUGUAAGCCAUCUUGCGCAUGGUUUAAACUGUGGAAAGGCAGCAUACAAAUAAAAUUAUGUAUGUGUGUAUGUCAGUUGGGAAAACUUUGGUUAAAGAGCUAUGUUUUAAAUUGUUGGUGAAAGCUUCCAUGAGUUGCUGUGCACCUGAUCUCCAUAAGGAGAUCAUUCCACAAGUUAGGGACCACUGGGGAAAGCCCUUAUCUGUACAUAGACAUCUUCAGGCUAUGAUAAAGUUAACCAGGUCUGUUCAGCAGAUCACAGUGCCUGGACUGGGCUGUGGUGUUAAAAUCACCUAAAAUGAGUAGACAGUCUUUUUUUGAGAUCAUGGGUAGAAAGGAAGUUGGUGCUGAAUGGUGCCAGCAGCAAAGGUGGACUUGGGGCCACAUUUCUAACAUCUCUUUUUCUCUCCCUCUCCACUCAGGCUGCUGAAGGAGAGACAGAUUGUAGCCAUAGGACCACAUAGGGCCCACUCUUGACUUCAAAUAUUACUGAUUGGUAGAUCAGUUUAGUGAAUAUUGGAUUUGGGGGGAAAUAUCUGAAUAAUAUAAUUGUCAAAUUAUGCUGAUUAGAUGCUGCAAAAUCUUCAGCUGUAACUAUUCAAAUGUCUUACAAUAUUCACACCACAGCUGAUGUUGUCUAUUACGUACAGUGUUUCCAGGGCUUUUUAAAAGAGUUGACAGAAUUUCCUCAUCUCAGACCUCUGCAUUAAGCAAGUUCUGAUGUUUUUGCAUAAGCAGCACAGUGAUUUUGCAACUUUGUGCUUAUUUAAAUUGCUCGUUCUCCUUUUGCCCAAGCCAUAGUGACCCUUUUUGAUUUCCAAUGGAACUUGCAUAUGAGAAAAUGUUUAUAGGCUUAAAUCCUACGUUCUCUUAGUUGAAAGUUGGAUCCAUGGAGAUCAAGAGCACACAUUUGCACAGAUGUAAUUAGGAUCAGAGAUGCUUUCCACCCACAGUCACAUAGGGAUUGUUUUUCCGUCAUGUAAUUUUACACAGUUGGGGACUGAUGUGAAUAAUGCAAUUACAUGGGUGGGGCAGAUUGUGUGGGUCUUUCUGUCUACUUUCUCUUUUCCCGUAAUUCAUGGAUUCUAUAAAUGUUGCUGUUUUCACUGAAAUGACCUCCUUUACUUGUGUAAGUAAAGAAUAGUUGUAGAAAUUCACAGUCCAGCUCAUAUUUACUCAGUGUAAGACCCAGCGGGGCUUAAUCUCAAGUAAGUGCGCUUGGGGUUAUAGCCUUAAAGAUCUGUCAAAUAGUUCCUUUAAAAUACUGUUCCACCAUGUUCAUUUUGGUAUUAUUAAAGAGGGUAUGGGGAAUAUUUUGCAGUUUUGUGUUGUGAUGAAAAAGCUGGAUAGUUGUUGAACACUCUGGUCAGAAUAAAGAUAGGAUAGAAUAGACAGGAUAGACAUAUUAAACAUGUUUGAUUAUAUGAAUAGUUAGCAAUAAGGUGACCGAUAAAAAGGCACAGGGUGCAAUGCCUCUCUGCAAUUAAACUCUUCUGAAUUUCAUGGCAUGUUAUGGCUGCCUAUGCUUCUUCAUAGAUGUGUAGCAUAAGCAAACUUGGCACUUAAGGCCCCACCUAUGUUUAGUCAGCCUGAGAUCCUUGACUAAUUCAAAACUAACAUUUUUAAGCAUGCAACUGGCCUUUCAAAAAGCACCUCUGACUAUAAACUAAUUUACCAUAAAAGAUUCAGCAAAACAAGUAACAGAAUAUAAGAAUCUAAAAACAAGCAGUGUAUCCCAGUAGACUGUAUUAUAUAAACAGAUAACUCCCCUCACAUUAAAAACCUUUUGGUUAACAUAAACUGUUAACGGUAGUCUGACAUGAGAACUUACCCGUACUGUAUCAUUUGGUUGUUAUUUUGCAUGCAUUGCCUAAACACUAUCUUCCGAUUUAGGGUGGGAUAUUUUAUUUUUUAUCUUUAUGAUCUUGUUAAUACUCAAAAGAAAUCUGCUAAACCAUCCAGGAGCUUCAAUGGGGUCCCACCCCCCAUCUCUUGGCAGCUAUCAGAAUCCAACCAACAUCAUCCAAACAUCUAAUUGAAAUGGGUUUAGAAUGAUCUGUUUCAUGCAGGAGUAUCUUGAACUGCUUAACAAUUGCCUUCCCUGCUCAUUUGUGAGGAAAGGGAACCUUAUACAUAUUUGUAAUUCUGCAAAACAAGAGGAUCUGUGAAGACCGUUGGAUGGAUAGAUGUGUGCGUUUGCACACAAGUUAUACUAUUUUAUCAGCAACUUUCUGAAAAUAGAUGUUCUAUUUCUGCCCUAAGGUACAAAGGUGGAUUCAUGCUAAAUGGCAUUAUUCCAUGUCCAUUGAACCCUGCUGCCUACUAUGAAGUAGAAUCCUUUUCCUACUUCUAUUAUUAUUUGCAAGGGUCCAUUUAGGUGUGCCGCCUGCUUUCAAUGAAAAUGUGAUCAUAGCCUAGACUACAUGAGAUAUCCUCCAGGGUAAGAAGAGCCUCCUAGAUCAGGCCAGUGGCCCUCAUCCAGCAUCCUUACAGUGCCCAGUCAGAUGCCUAUGGGAAUGUGCUAGCAGGACCUGAACGCAACAGCACUCUCACUUCCUUCACUUUCUAGCUCUGGACCCCUGCCCACUGGCUGGGCCAGGGAAGUGAUUAAUAUCUCAGCAGCUUUUGAUACCAUCAACCAUGGUAUCCUUCUGGGGCGGCUGUCCGAGGUAGGGGUACAUGGCACCACUUUGCAGUAGUUCUAGUCUGGGGAUUUUGCUUUGGCCCUGUGGAGCCUUCAAUGUGGGGUUGCUCAGGGUUCAAUUUUAUUCCAUAUACAGUGGUACCUCAGUUUACGAACUUAAUCAAUUCCGGAAGUCCGUCCUUAAACCGAAACCGUUCUUAAACCGAGGCGCACUUUCCCUAAUGAGGCCUCCCAUCGCUGGUGCCCUUCCGCCAUUCGGCUUGCGUUCUUAGACCGAGGUAAAGUUCACAAACCAGGACACUACUUCCAGUUUUGCGGAGUUCGUAAACUGAAUACAGUGGUACCUCGGGUUAAGAACUUAAUUCGUUCUGGAGGUCCGUUCUUUUCUUUUUUAAAAACUUUUUUUUAAUUCAAAAUUAAAACAAAACAUAUUACCCAGAAACACAUCAUCCUUAUUUUUUCCCCCAUUUUUCCUCCCUCCCCCCCACCCUCCCCCACAAAACCCACCCACCCCCACCCCCGGCUUCCCUCAGUUCCAGUCUUUUAUUUCUCUAAGAAGGCUGUUUUCUGCAUGUUACACAGUUGUAUAGAUCCUCAAACUAUUUAGCUGAUUAUUAUAAAUAAAAAGUCUGUUCUUAACCUGAAACUGUUCUUAACCUGAGGUACCACUCUAGCUAAUGGGGCCGCACCGCCGCACCGCAAUUUCUGUUCUUAUCCUGAAGCAAAGUUCUUAACCCGAGGUACUAUUUCUGGGUUAGCAGAGUCUGUAACCUGAAGCGUCUGUAACCCAGGGUACCACUGUAGUUCGUAAACAGGACUGUUCUUAAACCGAGGAACCACUGUACUGUUCAACAUCAACAUGAAAUUGCUGUGUGGGGAUAUCUGGAGUUCGGAGUACAUUGUCAGCAAUAUGCUGAUGACACACAGCUCUGCUUCUCCUUCACAUCUGCAGAUGUGGCAGUGGGUGUGCUGGACCUUUGUCUUUCCUCAGUAACGGACUGGAUGAGAGCCAACAAGCUGAAGCUCAAUCCAGAUAAGGCUGAGGCACUGUUAGUGGGUGGUUCUCUAGACCAGAUGGAUGGGAGGUUGCCUGCUCUUGAUGGGGUUGCACUGCCUUUGAAGGAGCAAGUAUGCAGCUUGGGGGUACUUCUGGAGCCAUUGCUGCCAGUUGAGGUUCAGAUGGCCUUGGUGGCACAGAGUGCUUUCCAUCAGCUUUGGCUGGUGGCCCAGCUUUGCCCCUACCUGGACAGGAAUAGCUUAACUUCUGUAGUCUAUGCUCUGGUAACCUUUGGUUACAUUAUAGUAGGCAUCCCCAACCUACGGCCCUCCAGAUGUUUUGGCCUACAACUCCCAUGAUCCCUAGCUAACAGGAUCAGUGGUCAGGGAUUAUGGGAAUUGUAGUCCAAAACAUCUGGAGGGCCGAAGGUUAGGGUUGCCUGCAUUAUAGCAACAUGUUACACAUGGAAUUGCCUCUGAAGAUGAUUCAGAAACUUCAGCUGCUGCAGAAUUCGGCAGCCAAAAUUCUUGCUCACUCAGGGCAUGAUGAUUUAUACAUAUAAGGCUAAUCCUGGCCUGAUUGCAUUGGCUGCCAGUUAGUUUCCAGGCCCAAUUCAGUGUGCUGGUUUUGACCCAUAAAUCCCUAAAUGGCUUAGGGUCACAAUACCUCAAAGACCACCUCCCCCCGUAUGGACCAACCAGGACCCUGUUAUCAUCAUCUGACACCCUUCUUCAUGUGCCCUCUCCACAAGAUGUCUUGUGGAGGAUGGCAACACAAGAAUCAGCCUUUUUUGCAGUGGCUCCCCAUUUCUGGAAUGCUCCCUCCAAGGAGGCUGGCCUGGCAAAUUCAUUACAUAUAUUUGGGGGCUAGGCUAAAACAUUACUCCUUAACCAGGCUUUUGGCUGAUUAACAUUCUAUGUCCUUUUAAAUGUGUUUGGGGGGGUUGUUUUUGUUUUGUUAAGUAUUUUGUGUUCUCAUUUUGUAUUUUUAUGUUGUGAACCACCCUGUGAUCUUCAGAAGAAAGUCAAUAUACAAAUUUAAUUAAUAAUAAUAAGUGGUGAUUUUCCCCUUCAUAAAUAACCCUCAGAAAAUGAUGGAGUCAAACUUCUACUUUCCUGUACAGCAGCACUAGCAAACUCAAUGUGCAAAUCAGGGAAAGCAAUUCACUGGCAUUUUAGUAAUGUGGAUCUAACUUAUAUUUUAUAGCUAGAUAACUAUAUUAACGAUUAACCUACUAUACUAAGUGUAAGAUUUUACUCUUAACAGACCUACGCCCUUACUAAGUAUAAAAUUUUAAUCUUACAUUCAGUAGUGCUGAAAGUCUGAGAAAUCAGAGAUAUGACGAACUAAUUGGGGUGACCCUAUCUCCCAACAAAUAUUGUCAAAAUGUAAAUGUUCUGACGCUAUACAAUUGUUGGCACACACUUUAGAUUAUAACACAGAGUAUGUUUUUAACUACUUAAUCCUCAUACCAAAUUGCCCAACAUUAUGUAAUAUGCGUAAUUACUGAAGCUAAGCAUCGGAUCUUGUCAGUACGCGGGUUCCAUGAGGAAAGAAAAGUAGGAUAUAAAUAUAAGAAAACAAAUAAAAACAGCAUUAUGUUUCAAUGCCCUAUAUCCUAAGCUUCUGAAAGUUGCCUGUAGCCAUUUGGCAAUUUAUAGUGUUCAGAAAUUCCUCAGUGCUGUAGCCUGUUACCAGCAAAUGCCUGAAUAUUCAGCUGUCUAAACAUUAAGGAUGUUUAAUAAUGCAGCUAUUCUGAACUGUCUUCUAGGUCGACUCGCCAAUGAACCUGAAACAUCCUCACGAUUUAGUAAUACUAAUGAGACAAGAAACAACUGUUAACUACCUCAAAGAGUUGGAGGUGAGGCUGUUAAUGAAAUGGUCUUGGAAACCUGCUUUGUAGGUACUGAAAAGUAUGAAAUGCUAAUUUCCUGAUAAAAGAAGUGCAUUUGGAGAGUGAUAAAUACUGAUGCUGGAAGCUUUAGCAUCAAUAGUUUUUUCUUCAUAUUUAUUAUUUCAGUCUCUAUGCAUAAAACCUGCAACUUAAAUAAAAAAGUGUUGAAGCUUUUUGGCUUUCCUUUACUAUUGGAACUGUAAAGCGUGGUCAGGUUCCAGUGAACCAUGGAAUUCGUUCUCUGAGUCCAAAGGGCUCCAAGCUUUUUCUCCUUGAAGAACAGCCUCUCUCACCUCAUGAAAAUUUCUUUGAAACUGAGUGGCAUUUCAGAAACCAUAUCUGACAUGGUUUUCAUUUUGAUAUUCCAGACACCAAACAUCUGAACCAAAGCACAGGCUCAUGAAAGCUCAUGCUUUACUACAGUAAAGCAUUCUACAGCUUCUAAACAUCUCCCAUCUAAAAAGAGGGACCAGUCUGAAGCUUGAGCAGUGCCAGAAAAAGCACGCUAGUUCUCUGUGUGUCUGUCUUUCUUAAAGAGCAUCCCAUGUCUGAAGCCAGCUAGCAAGUUUAUAAUGUAGCUAGGAUUGGGGGUUCUGCUGGUUAAAGAAACCAAAGCCAUACAGAGAAUUCCCAGCCCCUUCAGCAGACAUAAAGAAAUUUCUUUGCAUCCUAGUCAGAGACGUCAAUAAGUCACUAUGUACAGCUAAGAGCACUCUUGGCCCUGUUUUGUGCAGAUGAUCCUACGUACAUACAUAUCACUGUAUUUUGGACCUUAAUCACUAAAAGAAUGAGUAGCAACCUUGAUCCUUUAUGAAGACUUGUUCACAUGACAGUGAUUAAUUGUGGCUCUCAGUGUUUGAAGUGUCCAAUCUUUACACUGGGAUGGGGGGAAAUUAAAGUCUUAAGUGUUGUAUCCUGAAAAGCAUGAGCAACAGAGCUGACCUACCUUCCUACUUUCACUGCAACCCCUUGCAACCUUCCCCAAGAAGCCUUUUGAAAUACCUUGGUAUGCGGUUCUGUUUCAAACAAUGUUUUGUUUUUUGUAUCUCUUCUAGAAGCAAUUGGUUGCUCAGAAGAUCCAUAUAGAGGAGAAUGAAGACAGAGACACAGGACUGGAACAAAGACAUAAUAAGGAAGAUCCGGAUUGCAUUAAAGCAAAGGUGCCUUUGGGGGACUUGGAUCUCUAUGAUGGCACUUACAUCACCUUGGAGAGCAAAGAUAUCAGGUAGUGAGAUGAUUAAUUGUAUGAAAUUUUUGCAACAGCUGUAAUUUCAGAUUGUCGGAUUAUGAUUGUGCCAUUGGGAAUCAGGUUGAAAUAAUAAGUGACUGUUAAGGUAAUGAGUAGCUCUCCUGAAUAUUCCAAAAAAGAUAUUUAUAGUCAUCUCAACAAUAUUUGCUUAUGUGUCUUUUCUAGGCAUUCCUAAACUUUGUUGCAUUCAUUCUUGGUGAAGUAGGCUUUCUCCACAGCAUCAUUUCAAAUGUACAGGCAACACUCAACUUAGGCAGGGGUAAUGUUGUGGGAUAGCACAUAAAGCCAAAAUUGCAUAUAGUCAAAACCCAUUGGGUUCCAUGGUUUGUCAAAGUAUUUUCCUGGAUGUCUACCCCCUUAAUUUUUUAAUUUUUUUUAAUGCCAAGGGCAUAAAGCUUUAUGUGCACAAGUUAAAUGUGUAUAAGUUGUGAGUUGCCUCUAUUUCAGAACUUGAUUCCAAACCUCCUUUAUUCAGCGUCAGUAUGGCAGAAUCCAAAAGAGUUCCUUAAUUUUGAAUAUUGUUCAUUUUAAUUAUUUGAGCUAGGAUAUGCACUUCAGAAAGUACCCACUAUAGGAUCCUAACUGAAUUGUUUUGUGCCUGCUUUGGGGGGGAAAGAGAUUAGUACUAGUUUAUAGUCUUAAACUGAAGACUCAGCAGAUACAAUUUUAAUGCAAGUUGAUCUGAUGUAGAUAGAAAAAUAUAUAGUGUUAGUUGACUUAAAACAGAUAAUGUUAAUCAGCAUUCCUACAUGACUUAGUUCCCAUUCCUAGUAUUUUGUGAUAUUUUCGACUGCAAACAAAUAUGCUAAUGUUUGUGUUGCUAUUUGGUUUUAGCCCUGAGGACUACGUAGACACAAAGUCUCCUUUACCUCCAGACUUAGAAGAGCCAGAAUGCACAAAAAUUCUAGAUCUUCCAUAUAGCAUUCAUGCGUUCCAGCACUUACGGGUAAGUAAUUAAUGAUGUAGUCUUUCGUUACUUUACCUCUAAUCUGCCUUUCUUCCUGAGAUGUCCAAGUAGAUUCAGAUAGGCAGGACUGCUUUGUCUUACAAUCACUUUAAAGUAUGUUAUCUGUUAAUUGAAGUAAAUCUGAAUAACUUUCUUCUUAAAGCAGCCUAGUAAUAUUUGUAGCCACAUUACUGAACAUUUUGGCUAGACUUGGAAAUCAUUGCAAAGCUUCUAGUGAUGAUGCUUGCAAUUCCCUCUCCAGCUUUCUGGCCUACAAUGACUACUGUCUCAUAUUUCCUCCCCCACAUGCAUCCUAACUUCAGUUUCUAUCACUUAAUAGCUUUUUCUUCCCCGCGCCUCAUUUUGUCAGAAAUGUUCAGAUUUUUUUUUUCUAAAAGAAAAAUAUUGGAAAAUUUUGCUGGUGCAGAAUUUGGAUUUUUCUAAAUAGGUAGCAAAUAACACAGUAGGCUUGGUUAUCUUAUGCAUUGUAACAAACAUUGUUAUUCUGCUACAGCACUUAAAGCAGCUGAAGUUCUUCAAAAUUUCCCACUAACUGCAGCCUAAAUUGUAUGUGGGUGUUUUAGGAUAAAAAUAGCUGAAGGUAUUGAUGGAACAAUACUUAAACAUGAUUUUAUAUGGAAUACUAGAACAAUACAUUUUCUAAAUAACAGAUGCAGCAAUUUUGUGCGCUUAUCUGGAAGUAAGUCCUAUUAAAUGUUGUGGGGCUUACAUCUGAGUAGACUGCUAUAGGAUUCAGUAAACUAGAUAUUACCUUUUCAGAAAUGAUGCUUUAUGCGUUGAAAUUUUGGGGCAGUAUUUGCUGAAUUGGGGAGUUGUGGGUAAAUUUGACAUGAGGAAUUACUGGCUACCUUCUACCACCUUAUCAUAGGUGAUUCCUGCUGAUUCCUGGGUAUUUCUGUAAAGAAUGCUGAAAUAGGUGGAGCUGUGUAUCAAAGCGUUACUUAUUUUCUUAAGCAGAAGUUCAUAUUCAGUAUUCACACAGAUUAGCUAACUGUUAAGAAAUUCUGAAUGCACACUCCUGCUAUGAAAAUGUGAAGACAUUACUGGACCACAGAAGUUUUUGUAAAAUGAAAAAAAGCAGACAACAAAAGACCGAAGUCUGUCCACCUUGAUAGUAGAGAAUCCCAUUUUAUUUAUCAGUCACUGACUUUUUUCUUUUUCUAUCCUCUCUGUCCCCCACCCAGGGUAUUCAAGAAAGAGUUAAUCUUUCUGCACCCUUGUUACCUAAAGAAGAUCCUAUAUUGACAUACUUAUCAAGACGGUUAGGAAGAAGCAUAGACGAGAUAGGCCACCGCAUUUAUGAAGGUCUCAUGAAGGUAACCACCUUGUGUGUGUCCCCAAAAUGAGUGUAUAGAAGCUUUGAUUCAACAUGAAUAUGCUUUAUAUUUAGCAGGCACUUAAAUCUUCACAUGCCUUCUGUCUGCUAGUUAAGGAAAAACAUCCCAAUGGAUGCUUACUUACCCUAAGUGCUCAUCUGAUUUUUAUGCGGCUUUUCUCCCUGUGAACCAAGACAAUCUGUAAAGUCUGCAAACUUCUACCAGUGGCCAUUUAAAUGAGGACCACUAUAGUGCCUUGAAUCUUAAUUUGUGUAAUUUUUAAUUUGGGGUUUUAUGUGUUCUGUUACAUUUUAUGUGUGAUAUGUGUUUAGUCGUUUAGUCGUGUCCGACUCUUCGUGACCCCAUGGACCAGAGCUGUUGCCUUUGUCCAUGGAGUUUUCUUGGCAGGGAUACUGGAGUGGCUUGCCGGUUCCUGCUCCAAUGUGUGAUAUACUCUUUGUAUAAAUUGCAGUGAGUAGUGGCUGAUGCAGAUACAUUUCUAUCUAUCUGUAGCAGAUAUAUAGCCAACUCAUUUUUGUUUUAAUCAGUGGGCAGGAAUCAGUUAACAAGUUCCAUUAGUGGAAGUUUGUACAAUGACUUCCACUAACACAGCAGGACUUCCUCCCCCCCCCCCCUGCCCCUGAAAUUGGCCUGGGGGGGGGAAUCCCUAAGCAGUGCACAAGGGGCAGUUGUUGUGUCUCACAAGUUUCUCCUGACAGAACAAUUGCCACAGCACCAUGUUAAAUUCCUUCUAGAGUUUUUAUUUCAUUAGCCCUCCCAAGUUUUCAUAUACUGUGAAGACUAGAAGAAAAUGGAUUGCAUGCAGGUCCCGGUUUCUGGAUACAAUGCAUCCCCAGAAAAUCGUUCGUUAGGCAUUCACAUAAUGAGCUGGCAAUUUCCUCUUUUUCCUGUGGGAACAUUUCUAAUGCAGUCUCUCUCCCCACUUCAUCCAUGGUUUCUUCCUGAAAUGGCUGCAGCCAACCAGCAAAAGGAAAAACUGAUUUGUCCAAUCUCUUUCCAUCCCUCCCCCCUCCCCACAUGGCUCGAAAAAGACUGCCACUGACCUGCGGAGCACAAACAAGUAAGGAAGUGGACAGACUCUGGCUGUUCAUAGCUGAAUCAGCCAUUCAUGUAGCAAGGUUUAGGCAUAACUCUUUAUAUUCACAUAACUGAAUUUGGGGAUAACAGGCAUUCUGAUAGUGCGUGUAUGUUCAGAAUCCUGUUUCAGCCACCAACAGCUAAAAAGUUUAGUAACUUAAAAAAAAAAGUAAACAUUUCUUGUGUCUCCUGUUCUUCGCAGAAUUCUUCUUCUUGGGUAUUAUAUAAUAUGGCUUCCUUCUACUGGCGAAUAAAGAAUGAGCCAUACCAAGUAGUGGAGUGUGCCAUGCGGGCUCUCCAUUUUUCUACAAGGUGAGGCAAAUGAAUUUUUAUUAGCAGCAUAAUACAGUCUGUUGUAUGAUUUGAAAAUUAAGCUAAUCGAGGGUGGCAGUUGCUUCCCCCUUAGGAUUGACAGGCCAAUGCAGUUAAAUGAUGGAGUUGUAGAUGCAUAUAGAUAUCUAGAGAUUCUGCCAUCUCUUGUUUGACUUACACCAGGCUCUUUGGAUGGGUGUCUCUUGCUUUGUGCUGUUGGCUUAUCUGAACCAUAUCACAGUGGAUGCUAAAUAGUGUGCAUGUGUAUGUUGUCCUGCUUAUACAAAGAUGUGUGGGAAUAACUUAGGCUAGCUUUGGCAUGUUCCCUGCUCCGUAACCAAAGUUACUUAGUCAUAACGCACUUCAGAAUAUUAUUCUUUAUCAGCAAAUGAUGUUGAAAUUAUUACUACUAUUUAUAACUUACCGAACUACAAUAGUUAAUUCUGGUUUUAGAACCAAAUAAGGAAGAAGACUAUUUAUACAUAAUUGUGCGUCAUCUGAUGGAAGUACUGGCUGAAUUGCUCUUCAUUAUAAAAAAAAAAACAGCAGCCUUCUCCAAAACCAUUGUGCUCAGUCAACCCAUGUGCUUUUAGACUACUGACAUUCCUAGCAAUAGAUAAAAGUAUAAGACAGCAGGAUAGAUGUACACGCUUUUGGAUAUAAAAAGACACUUCAUAUUAAACCAGUCGCUUAGGAAGCUCUGGGCUAUUGUUAUGUCUGAAUUGCAUUUUUGCAUAGAUUCUGCCUAGUAGCUUCUCAGUAGUUCUCACUUUCCUGCAUGCAAGUAAUCAGAGAUCGAACCUGAGGCCAGAGGCUUGCCAGUUGCUUAGAAAUGCCUUAGGAUAUCAUCUUAAUGACCGCUUUGUUUUUUCCCUCUCUUUCAGGCACAAUAAAGAUGUUGCACUGAUAAACCUGGCAAAUGUGCUACACAGGGCGCACUUCUCUGCUGAUGCAGCCAUUGUGGUCCAUGCAGCUCUGGAUUACAGUGACGUCUUCACCAGCUAUUAUACUUUAGGAAACAUAUAUGCAGUAAAUAAUAUCUUAUUUUUCAGUUAUCUAGAAAGAUUAUACCACAUUGAUUAGCUCUCUUACAAAUUGAACAGUGAGACUUAUGCAUCUUCAGGACAAGAAUGUUUUGAAUUUGGCUAUCUUUGAAGAUCUUUAAACCGACAGAUAACAUUUAUUUGCAUUUUUGCUGCUGUUGUUGUUUUGGAGGGCCUCACUAAAGCAGCCAUGAUGUAUUAAACAUGAUUCUAUUUCCAGAGCAGUCACAUGCUGAAACUCGUAAUCAAUAUGAAAUUCAGAAGCUACAUUAAAUGUUCAUAUUACAUUUGAAUGCUGCUAACAUGUCUUUUUUCCCCUCAAUCCCUUUUUUCAGAUGCUUGGGGAAUACAACCACUCAGUACUAUGUUAUGAUCAUGCUUUACAGGCAAAACCAGGGUUUGAACAAGCAAUUAAAAGGAAGCAUGCUGUCCUAUGUCAGCAAAAGCUUGAGCAGAAACUGGAGGCUCAGCACAGGUAGUGAAUUUAUCCUCAAAAUUCAUACACAGGCUUGUUCAGAUUUACUUUCUUGUUUACUACUUCCUUAAAAUAAAAUAUAAAACUGCAUAAUUUUAAAUCUAAGGAAAAUUAAAGCACACACUGCAGCAUUGAAAAUCAGCUGCAUGGUAGCAUGCUGUAAGUUAACUGUGUCGUUUAAUAAAACCUAAGAAACAAGUAUACAGGAAAACCAACCUUGAAAGUAAGUACUGACAUAAGUGUGUAAGCAAAAGCUAUUUUAAGCAACUUAAAUGUCCUUUUCUUUGGUGUUAAAUUUUUCAAGAUCACUUCAGCGAACAUUAAAUGAACUGAAGGAAUAUCAAAAGCAACAUGACCAUUACUUAAGGCAGCAAGAGAUCUUAGAAAAGCACAAGCUGAUUCAGGAAGAACAGAUCCUGAGGAACAUUAUCCAUGAAACACAGAUGGCGAAAGAGGCACAACUAGGUAUCUGUUGUGUAACAAGAUGUUCAUUGGGAAAUGUAAAAGCCGAAAUGAAAUUUGUAUGUUUGUCCAAGGAAUUCAGGUUUCAGGUAAAACCAGGGCUUUUGAAUAAACCAACUCACUGAUUAGAACACUUGCUGACGGCAUAUUAAAAAUGCCAAAAAGUUGCAUUAUAGUGUGUUCUGCUCUAACAAACAGACUCUCCUUUUAGCAUGCAGCCCCUUGUCUCCACUACAAAAAGCCACUUUUGAAGGUCACAGGACCUUCUGGAGUAACAUUCUGUUAAACAUGAGAGUCUCUGUUUAACAGAGUUUCUGUUUAAUUCUGUUAAAUUCUCUGUUUAAUUCUGUUAAACAUUCUGUUAAACCUGAGAGGAAAACCAGCAACCUUCCUUGUUCAAAAGAAAUGUGUCACAUGCAUGGGCCUCUGAAUUCUGCCUGUAAAUUCAAUGUGCUCCAAAGUACUAAAAAUGCAUGUUUCUUAAGAGCCCUGUAGUCUGGAGCCAAGGUUAGCAAAUGCAUUUCUUUCUGGCAAAAACUGAAGUGCUGGCCAAGAUAGCCAAUAUGCACAAGCUCUGUGUGGACCAAGAUAGUGAGUAAUUUAUUAUCUAAAAUGCUCUUCCUCCAUGCAGAAUCGAGAAACAUAAUAAAAAAGGGAAAUUAAGAAUCAUUUGUUUUCGGAUGCUUAGCUUGGAAGAAAUCUGUUAGGUAUAUCUUCUUGAUCCUAAAUGCUGUCAACCAUAAUUUUGUUAGCUUUUAACUUGAAUUUUAUGUUUAUAUACUGCAGGAAACCAUCAGAUUUGUCGCCUGGGCAACCAGCAGCACAGUUUGCAUUGCCAGUGGGACCAACCUGUCCGUUAUCACCGUGGUGACAUGUUUGAAAAUGUUGAAUAUGUUGAGGUUUGUCUGUAGAGCAUUGCUCUCCCUGCUUCAUGAUCUAUAGUGAGGGGUACACAUCUUCCUGAGGUGUCUAAUAGAUGAGGAUAUUCCUUUUAUACCUAUUUCUAUUUACCCUAGCACAAGAUUUUAAAACAAAACUGGGGUGCAGGGAGUUCCAAUCAAUCCAAUAUGUAGGUUCCCUUUGGAGCCCCAUCUUCCAUCUUAGAAGGCAUAAACUGCCUGGCUCCUAAACACAACAGACAUUAUGCAUUCAUUCCAGGUUGCUGAUCACUGUAUCUUGUCCUGAGCAUCAGACGGAAAAAAGCACCCAGAUAUUGAAACAAACUUACUUUGUGGCUCCCUGCCUCAUCUUUGGAUUUUGAUCAUCAAUAACUCCUUCAUGGUGUGCUCAGACACUAGAUACGUGAUGAAUGGGUUUCAGGGAAAACAAAACUAGCUUUCACACUGUUCAUCAAGAGAAGGAAAUUGAAAGUAUUGUCUGGCAAAAUGUGUUUGUUUGUUUUUUAAUGCUUUGAAGAAAGAUUGUGCCUACUUUAGAACCUGUAGUUCUGAAGUUUGGGGAGGUGAUUUGCACUGCUGCUUAAAAUUAUUAAUAUCAGGGCUGUUGAUUUUCUCAGCAUCUUGUGAGGGGGCUUCCCAUAUUUUCCAACAUGCUCAGAAUUGCACUGCAUGCAACCCAAUGUAGGUAGUUUUUUGUAAGGAAGUAGUUUUUUUCUUAAAGAAGUCUCUUUGAGGUGUCAAUUUCAUGCUCCAAACUUUUCUUAUGCAUUUUCUGUUUCUAGUUUGGCAGUGAUUCUUCCAUUUCCAGUAUGACAUCCAUGAAUUCUGAACUUCAUGCCAACCACAGUGACUUUGGCCAUUCCUUGGAGUCUUCCCCUUUGGUCCAUUCUGUCUUCUCAUUAUGGGGCCUGGAAUCUGAGGCUUACAGGGUAAGUGGAUAGGGUAGCUAUGACUUUUCUUUCCUAGGCAAGGCCUCCUAGCCAGUUUCAUUGUUUGCUAGUAGUGUUCUGCUAAAGACAAGUACAUAACUAACAAUAUGCAUAAAAUAAAGCUAAUCUAUUUUGGGCCUCUUGUUGGCAGUGGUGUCUGUGCACAAGCAGAAUGGACUUCCCCUCAUCCAAUAGGACUUCUCAUUCCUCUCCUCCCCCUGCAUCCCCGACCCCAUUUGCUUCCUCAAGGUGAAGUCCCAUUGUGUGAGCGAACGUCCACUCUCAAAACGUUAGCUUCCUCCCAAGGUACCUUCUGGGUCACUCUGGUUUUGUCUCUCCUCCCAACUCUGGUUUUGUCUCUCCAUUCACAACUCUGUCUGCCACCAAAACUGCAAAGAUGUUAUGAUAGUAAACCAUGGUGAACAGAGUUCAAAACUGCAGGGCAGCCAUCUGACUUUUGUCAUGGAUUUUGCUUGAUAAACUGGGAAUCACUGCCCAAAGAAAGUGGAAGCAUUUAGAAGUUCUGGUUUCUUGCAUUCUGGCGAGUUUUCUCUAGCAAGUAGAAAAUCAGAGAGUCAUAACUGGUAAACCCACUUCGUGAUACCUUAAGAAAUAUUUUCUCUGUGAUCAGGAGAAGCAGAAUAUUUUGUGGCCUAAAAGAUCAGAGUGUGUAAAAACCUAUCCAGCUAUCCCCUCCCCAGGAGAACUACCAACUUAUUUCCUGCAUCCAGAAAGCAGGGGGCAAAGGUGAGUACUGUUAAUAAAUUAAUUCAUAUGUCAUUUGUAUGCAAGUGUAGCCAGAGCAGCUCGCCGCAGCAGCAACAUAAUAAUAGUAUAAUAUAAAAAUACAGUUAUUGAAACAUGUAAUAUGCCUAGCACUGAAAAACCAACAGCAAUGAGACUAAAAGAUGUUGCAUGUGAUGUUCAGUUAGAAAACUGGAAAAUAGGCUGCAGUCCUUUGCAUGCUACCUUUAGAGUAAAUCAGAAUGAGUUCAGUGGGAUUUACUUCAGUGGGAUUUUCUUUUUCAGGUUACCUUUAGUGCUGUGGCAUAGUAAAGAGUGCCAAACCAAAGGUACUAUUGUCUGACAGUAAUGAACAUUUGUUCUGCCUCUCUAGUUUAUAAAGCAAUUUAAUUCUACUAUUAUUGUUGCCUUUCAAUUGGUACUCCUGUAGCCUGAAUCAUAUUCUUAUACCUGUGUGGUGUUUGUUUAAAUUUCUUAGAAUCCAUUCAAUACUUAGCAGUCCAGGGGAUGACGAUGCACAAACAGAGGUCUAUGAGCCAGAUUGUUCUUCCAUUUCUGAUGCCCAUAACAGUGACUCUAUGCACUUUUUGAUCAAAGAACUAGACAGUCAUCUGGAUCUGAGGGUAAAGAUGCCAGAUGAUCAUGCCAAACAAGUAAGAGAUUUUAUGAUUAUAUUUGAAGAUUGUUAGUAUACUUCUGGUCUUCUCUGUCCUAUAAAUUGUCACUUCCAGACUUGACAACCUCUUGAAAGCAAGAGGUCUUCCCACAUAAAAUUCAGUUUGGAAAUGGCCAAGUCACCACGGAAGGGAAGCCUGUAGCCAUUACAACAUGUUUGUUUCAAUUGACAGUCACCUAUCCUCAAAAUGUUUGAGGCAACACCCUGCUUUUGCAUUACGAUCAGAUUCUGUGAACUUGGCUUAUUCGGUUAGUUGACAUGAUACAGGUGCAAGGAAUCAUUAAUGCACUCCAAAUUAGUGGUGCUUUACAUUGUGGUAUUGCUGGUGGCUAAGAGUGUGAGCUGUGAAUUAGGAAAUUCAUAACUGGCAUCUUACCACUGCUGUGAACUUGCUAGGUGGCCUAAGGCAAGCCAGUUUCUCUCAGUCUUAGCACUGAAUCACCCCAGCAAUAUGGGCAAAAUUAUUACCUCCUUUCCCUCUGUAAGGGACCAGAAGUAGCUGUUGCUAAAUCAAGCCAGCUUAGGUUAUAUUACUGGACUAUUUAGACUUGCGGUUUCUGUUUGUUUUCUGUUGGAUUUUGACUAUGUUGUUUUCUCCAAACUCUCUACCAACAAUAAGCCUUCAUGCAGAUAGCAUAAGACUUAUCUGGUUUUAGCCAAAGUUCAGGUUGCUUGUUUUCAGUUCUACGAUCAUCAUUGUCUCUACAAGCAUAAUACAUUAUUUGUUUAAUUUAUGAAGUUAACAUGAGUUGUUGAAUUUUCCAGUUGAAUUGCAAGGAUUUUUCCAGUCUUUGCAAUUUAGCCAUAACCAUCCAAAUAAAAAAGGAGGCUCUCUUGGGUUUUCAUUUUGUGAUAAAACCUGCUGAUCCUUUAGAUCAUUAAAUUUGAAUUACCAAACGUAAGUUUUCUGCAUUAAAGUCUUACAUUCCAUAGGUUCAAAUGUAUGGUUUUAAACACUUCUCUGUCUUGCACAGAUAUUAUACUCUCGUGUCAACAAUCAAUCAGUUACACAGCAGCAAAUAGGAUCAUUCAUCUAUCAUGCCAUUGUAAAGGUAAUUCCAAUGACCGCAAUUUUUAUUUUCCUCUUAGAGUAUAUUUUUAUUUUCCUCUUAGAGUAUAUGGAUUUUUUUCCAGAAUCCCAAAGGGCCCUCAUGUACAGAAGCAAGAAUCUCUUUAAUUUAUUCAGAGUGUUCCACUUAAGUCAACUGUAAAUCAUUCCACUUCUUUAUUUUUGUCAGAAAUGUUUGUGAUUUUUGUGCAUGAAAAGUGCUGAUUUGGUCAGAUUUUACAGCCUCCAUGAGUGAUUGACAUAGAGUGAAAUAAGGACAGACAAAGAAUAUAAUACCACGAGUACCAAUGAUGACUAGAAAUUGAAUUUGUUUCAAGCUAUUCUUGUUAUGAUUGAAAACAUACAGGGGCCUUUUGUCAAAAAAUAUAUUGAUAGCUGUGAAGCCUUGGAUUGACAAAUACUGAAGGAGAUUUACAGGUCAAUAUUCCUGCUGUACAGUGAAAAUGCUUGUAUGGCUAUACCUAUGAUUUUAAGAAAUAUAGCAAUCUAGGAAAUUGUAGGAAAGAAAUUCUGCUGCAGUGCUGCUGCCUUCCAAAAGAAAAUGUACAGUGCCAGCUCUGGUAAAUGUUGGAAAUGUAAUAGUAUAUUCUGAAUUAUAGCAUUUUAACCAUACAGGAAUGCUAGAAGGAUAGGGUAGGUAUCCCAGAGACUAUAGAAUUGUGUAUUUGCUUUAUCUAUAGAGGCUUCCUAAUGGCAUAUGUUCUAUGGACAGCUCACGAUAUAAAAGAGUAAAAUAUAACAACAGCAGAAUUAAAAUAGCAGCAUAAAAGCUUUUGAACCCACAGAAAGGAGACAUAACUUGUAAGAAAAUACAUGCAUGUAGAUACUCAUGUUGUAAUGUGAAUUGUUUGAUUCACAGAAUACUAGCACUCUUGGUCUAUUUAAUUACAUAUUGUAUUCUAAGCAAGACUCUCAAGUAGCUUUUGUUUCUGUAAUAUAUAUAUAUAUUUUCAAAAUCCCUGCUGAUUCACAGUUCUACUUAACUGAUGAGUUAUUAAACAGAUCUUAGACCUUAGACAUGGGCCUUAGAAAUACAGUAACACCUUCCGCAUUAUAUAGGGCCAUAAUCUUGCAAAACUGCAGUUAUGCAAAUCUGUUCUUUUAUUGUUAAUGCUGCUUUUGAUGCAAGCCAUAAAUACUGCAGAAAGCACUUGGAUAGCUGUGAAAUGGGGGCUAAACAUGCUCCCUGCCCUUGGAGACUCCAGACAUUGAGAAUCAAGCCUGCUCUCACCUGCAUCAGCACAUCCUAUGUUCCUUGUUUCACUAGGGUGUGAUAGAAUAUUGGGAAGUGGUUAGAUCAAUGUUUUGCUGUGUGCAGCUGAUUUGUAUAUGCAUGACCCUCCAGCAGUGAUCUCUGCAAACACCUGUAGCUGUAACAUCUAGGGCGGCAAUGGUAGUCUAACAUGGUAAAGCAUGGAAUGAGAUUAAUGAGGGUAGCCUUUCUUUUUUGUGGUUAAUUUCAGGCAAGGGAUCCCUUAUGGUUGGUUCUCAAUGAGGCUGGCCUUUACUGGCGUGCAUUUGGAAAUGGCACCUUCGCCUUCACUUGCUUACAAAAGGCCUUUAACUUGACCCCACAUGAAUUCCAGGAUAUCCCUUUAGUCAAUCUAGCCAACCUUCUAAUUCAUUAUGGUCUUCAUCUGGAUGCCAGCAAGCUUCUCCGAAAAGCUUUAGCCAUCAAUGGUUCUGAGGUGAGUCUUCGUUUUCCCCCCCUGUUCUGUUCUGUUUGCUUAAGUAGGAUUGAAGCAGAAGUACCGUAUUUUUCAUCCCAUAGGACACUCCGUCCCAUAGGACGCACCUAGUUUUUUGGGGGGGGAAAUAAAGGGGGAAAAAAUUUCCCUUUAUUUCCCCCCAAAAACCAGGUCGGGGAAACCAAACCAGGUCGGGGAACAGCGGUAUGGCGGCGCUCUGCCUCCCCGCUGUCCCCCGAGCUUGUCCCCCCGCUGUCCCCCAAGCGCGCUUCUCCCCAGCACCAGCCUCCAAACCAGGUCGAGGAACAGCGGGAUGGCGGCACUGCGCCUUCCCGCUGUCCCCCGAGCUUGUGGGGCUGGCCGAUGUCUGCCCGAAGCGCGGGGCGCUCUGCUUCAGCGCGCCCCGCACUCCGUGCAGCAGGCUCCCGCAGGGCUCCCCAGGCUGCAGAUGUCUGCCCGGCAUGCGGGGCGCUCUGCUUCAGGGCGCCCGCGCGCCGGACAGCAGGCUGCUAUCCGCAACCUAGGGAGCCCUGCGGGAAUUCCCGCGGGCUCCCCAGGCUUGCUGAUAGCUUCCUGAAGCCUGGAGAGCAAGAGGGGUUGGUGCGCACCGACCCCUCUCGCUCUCCAAGCUUCAGCGAAAGCCUGCAUUCGCCCCAUAGGACGCACACAGAUUUCCCCUUCAUUUUUGGAGGGGAAAAAGUGUGUCCUAUAGGGCGAAAAAUACGGUAUUUCUUUCAUACCCCAUCUCAGUGUCCAGAAGUGAGUUAGUGGAAGUGGUUUGUUACAUUUGAAUCUUGGGAAGUGGCUUGAAUGCAUUGAUGUAAAAAUAUAAUUACUCAAAGGUGCCCAGCACAUGUUUGCUAACUUCACACAAAUUAAUUCUUUAAACCCUGUCUUCAUUUUGUUCAGCUGCUGUUAGUUGACAUGGUUGCCCAUCGCUCCUAACCAGUCAGAAAUAUUUAUACAAGAGUUUCAGAACACUUCAGUAAUGUUCACAAACCAUUGAGUGGAAGGAAGCUCACACAAGUGGGGUUUGGUCCCAUCCACCCCCCUAUGCCCCUUCCAAAGCAAAUCUAGAGGACCUCUUGAACAAUUGGGAGAAGUGGGAAUCUUGAAUCCACCCCUUACUGUUCGGAGGAUCCCCAUACCACCUAGAGAAGCUUUUGUAGGAACAGUGGGAACUGUUGCAGGGCAUGCAAAGGACCCCUUGAAUGAGUUUCCUUCUACUUUAGCUACUUAAGAGCCAAACCAAUAAAUUUAUAUUGUAUCUUAUAGGCUUGAAUACCGUAUUAUCAGUCUUAAUGUAAAAAGAUACUGAUAUCUUAAAGGGCGGCUUUAAGUACAUAUGCGCGCAUACACACACAUAUUUGAAACAGAACUCCCAAGAUGUGAGCAUGCUUGUUGUAAAUUUCCAGUUCCUUUGACAACUGAACUGAAAUCUGGGUUUUGCCUAUGCCUGUGCUGAUGGAAGUUUGCCUUUCCCCUUUUUAGCCUCUGACCUUCUUGAGCUUAGGAAAUGCCUGCUUGGCUCUGAAGAACGUCAGUGGGGCAUUGCAGGCUUUCAGGCAUGCCCUGGAUAUUGCGACAAAGUGUCUGGAGUGUGAGAGGAGCCUGAAGCUGAUCCGCUGUUUGCAGUUCUAUCCAUUUCUGUACAACAUCACCUCUUCUGCCUGCAGUGGUAAGCAGCUGCUGAAAAAGUCCCCAAAUUAGUAAUUUUAUCCCUUCAACACUACCUGCAGAAAUUGGACUACUUUUCUUUCUCUCCCUCAUUGAUAAUCUCUUUUUCAUCUGCGCUCUCUCUCUCUCUGUCCAAUUAAAAAAGGGAACAGUGUUUUUUCCCCAGUUAGAUCUAAUUGAGAGUAAUUUUUGGAAAGCUGUCUUUCCAGAAUUCCCUACCUGAUUCUCCUUACAAAUUGGGUGCAGUGUUUACUAAUUAGAGAAUGCUAGGAUAGUUUCAAGCCAUUCAAGAGCAUUGCUCUGCUGUAGGGUUGCUGAAAUAGUCCCAUGUUUACACCUCAUCUGUUUUCUUAGCAAAUACCAAGAACCAGGGAAACAGGGAGAGAAUGGCCCUAAGCAUGGAAUAACAUAUAACUUUAAACCCAUCUGCACCACUAUAUAAAAGCAGGCUCCCUGUUCUUCAGAACCUGCUGUAAAUAUUUGAAGAGAUUUAGCUUCCUGUUCAAGUAAAGCUGCGAAAAGAUUAAACAAAUUCUGUCUUCACCUAUAGCUGCUAAAUCUCCAGUGCAUUUUUGCUCCUUAAUAGCACUUAAAUUUUAUUUGAAUAUAUGAUUGGAACUGAACUAGUAUAAUCCCGAUCCAAUUAUCCAUAUGAGCUAACACAUUAGGAUUAUUUAAGCCAGUGGUUCCCAACCUUUUUGAUAUGGCAACCUGUAAGUCCAAAUUUACUUAGAAUGGUGACCCAUUAUUUUAUUGUCACAUGAAUUUUAUUUACCCAUCCUUUUACUGCCACAUGAAUUUUGGACUUUGGUCUUCAGCAGCUGUCUGUUUUGUGCAUUUCAAUUGCAAGUCUGCCUACUUUUAAACCAUCACUUGAGGCAUCGAAGCAAAAUUCAACCAUACCCCUAUUAAUGUGGAGUUUAAUUUAUUGAAAUAUUUAUAGUACUUACUAAAUUAUUACUGGUUUGUUGUGAGAAUGUAAGAACACCAACCAUCAAAUUGCAGGGUAUUGCCUCAUAAGCUGUAAAACUUUAUUCUAAAAGCAUAGUUACACAAUCAGUGUUAGAUAUAAUGAACUACGAGCAUCUUAAAGUUUUAUUUACAAUAAGCCCAUUUUGACAAGUAUCAGUGGGAUGGCUUGAGCUUGCAUUUUAUUACCAAGUAGGUGAAUGGAGGCUUUGAUGGUUGUCAGACAUAGUCUCACAUCAGUUAAUACACAGGAUGCAGAUAUUUCUUAUUUCAACUAAGCACAUUUCAAAUCACCCUUGACUCAACUAUUUACUCAUCCUCUGAUUUGUGGGUGUUUACAAGCACCUUGUGGCAAGUUAUCACCAGAUCUGCUGCAAGCCGCCAGAGAGAGGUGUUUACUAGCAUUACAAUGUGAAACUUGACCCUUUCUGGCAUUUGGUUACAAGUAUCAACACAGCAUUAUAAUAUGCCAAAAAAACCCAAAAUGUUACCUGAGGUAUUAUACCAGUUAAGGAUUAAAAGCAAUAAUCCUUUUGGGUUUAAUUAUACAACCGAUGACACAUUUGCACAAGCAUCACAACCCACAGGUCGAGAAACGCUGAUUUAAGGGAUGGAGUUGCAUGGCAUUCCCCUACUUAAGUAUCUUCUCUGUGCCAAAAGUUUAUUUUCCCAUGUUUCAUAAAGAGAUACAAGGGAUUAGAAACAGGAUUGCAUAUGUGCAUCCAGGUUCUUAGCAUAAGUGCAGAACCUAGAGUCAGACUUCUCAGAAUCUCAACUUUCAGAAAGGAAGUUUUUCGUUUCAGUUGAAGGGAGAAGUUUAAAGCUAUGCUUUUGUACAAGGCUUAAACCACUGUGGUGCUGAGCAAGACUUCUUGAAGUCUGAGCCGGUAGUGAGGGGGGGUAGGCAGAGUUUCCUGUAGUGUACAAGUGCUUUUUUACCUCCUCUCUGGUUAGUGGCUAUUAAGACUGUUGACUUCCACUUCAUUGUCCUCCCAACGCCCAACCUCCAUUCUUCUCUUCUCUUUUUGUCAUACCUGACAUUGUCAAAACAUUUCCAAAUUCUUAGGGUGCAAGUAGAACCCAAAGAUGCAGGAAAUGUUUGUGAGCUUCCGGAACCAAGUGAAGAAACUUUCCUUUACAUUCAGUGCUGGUUACAGAUUUUCACUACUGACUGUUAUUCAACCCUUGGUUAUACAAAGUAUUAAAAAUCAUGCAUAUAUGCACUUCUGAGUAGUUUAGGAUUGCUAAAUUCAAGGCCAUCUACUGGGAAAGCGCAGAAUCAGAACACUGACUAAAAUCUCUGCCUUUGUAACUUGAGAUUCUCAUGACUGCUAGAAUAUGCAAAUUUUUCAUGUUCGUCUAUCUUUUGAAGUAAAAUCCCAAUCUUCUGUUACAUUUUCAACAAGUAUGGCAACAAAACUAUGCACAGAGUAUGGGUUUUAUUGAAAUACAGGUUGUAAGGACUGCAUCAUUCUGAUAUGUUAGUUCUUUUGGUUGCAUGACUGUUUGUGGGAAGGAAGUAAAAAGCUUUCUUCUCUCUGUUCAUAAGAAUGAUGGUCCCAAUGUGGUUGUUCCCAAUUUGGCACUAAUCUGGGUUUAUAAAGAUUAUAUUUCUUCCCUCUGUUCAUCACUAUUAAUAACUCUCAGAAAAAUAAAUAAAUCAAGAUCUACCAGUGGGAAAGUGGACAAAACAUGGAUUCAGUAUUGGAAGCUUCCAUAUUUACAUUGUUCUCUCUCUCUUGCUCUUCAUGUGCUGUGUUCCUUUCUUUUAUAGACUACAAAGGUGGGCAACACUUCAGGUCAUCUUGUCUAUCCCCUGCUAAUGUGAGAACAUUAGACAUUUGAACAUGAGAAAUGGUGUGGACAUUUCUUUUGUUGUUAUUUUUAGAAUGUGAAAUAAACAUUCUAAUGACUCCAGCUUCUGACACUUGAUUUUUUAUUUUUUUAUUUUAUUGCGGGAUUGACAAAAAGGGAAAGUGAAAAGAAGAAACCAGGAAUUUGCCAGGAUGUCUGAUGAUCAUUGUUCUGUGUUCUCUCUCUCCCCCCCCCCUUAAUGGGCUCAAAAAGAAAAGAAAAAACCUCCUUGUAGGAAUCAAACCUGUGAAAAAUAUUUGAGCAUAUCUGAAGCACAGGGACACCCAGAACAUGACCGAGUGCAUCUAGCUUCUUAUUGUGGAUGCCAUCCUUCCCAUGCCUGGUGCCCCCCAGAUGGGCUACAACUCCUGUUGGUCCCAGCCUGCGUGAACAUGGGGCAGGGAUGAUGGUGGAUGAAGUUCAAAACAUCUGGAGGGCACCAGUUGGGGAAUGCCAGUCUACCUUGACUGGCAAUAGCUCUCCAGGGAUUGAAGCAGGGAUCUUUCCCAGUCCUAUAUAGAAAUACCAGGGAUUGAAACUGGGAUAUACAACAUGUAAUGCAUAUGCUCCACCACUGAUACACAAAAAGUAGAUAGUGCAGCAUUGGUGUAGUGACGUUUUGUGCCACGUAAUCAAAUAAAUAAAACCUACGUGUAGGGUUUGCUUGCAUUCCACACGUUACUGGUGCUAACUCCUAUUUAAUGGAAAGCCAUUACUUUGUGGAACACAAGUCCGGUAAUCUUGAACGCAUCCAGAUUAAGGUUCAGUAUUAAUAAACAACUAAAUACCCAGGGUAGUUGAGUAUCAUCACUAUGGUACUUUGUUGCUGCGCCAGUUAGAUAUGGGGUGGGAGUUAAUCACAUUGAUGAAUUACCAUCUCUCUGAGCAGAACUCUUUAGCAUACUACUAAUUGAACUGACCAUGGGAUGGCAUGUUGUACAGGCAUACCUUGCUUUAUUGCGCUUGACAGAUGAUUGCUUCUUAUGAAGAUGCGGGUACAGCUGCAAGCAGUUGGGCUGCUUCCAAGGGAAGGAAGCCUUGCCCUGCCCCUAGAAUCAUAGAAUCAUAGAGUUGGAAGAGACCACAAGGGCCAUCGAGUCCAACCCCCUGCCAAGCAGGAAACACCAUCAGAGCACUCCUGACAUAUGGUUGUCAAGCCUCUGCUUAAAGACCUCCAAAGAAGGAGACUCCACCACACUCCUUGGCAGCAAAUUCCACUGUCGAACAGCUCUUACUGUCAGGAAGUUCUUCCUAAUGUUUAGGUGGAAUCUUCUUUCUUGUAGUUUGGAUCCAUUGCUCCGUGUCCGCUUCUCUGGAGCAGCAGAAAACAACCUUUCUCCCUCCUCUAUGUGACAUCCUUUUAUAUAUUUGAACAUGGCUAUCAUAUCACCCCUUAACCUCCUCUUCUCCAGGCUAAACAUGCCCAGCUCCCUUAGCCGUUCCUCAUAAGCCGUUCCUGUCAUCCAUCUUCUGGCCACGGGAGUAGAACUGGCUAGGACUGGAGCUGGAGCUAGGUUUUUCCCCCCUGCAGCUGUGGGGUGUGUGGCUUAAUAGACUACUGUAUCAUGUAAACAUAACUUGUAUAUGCACUAAGAAACAAAACAAAAAGUGUGACUUGCUUUAUUACAGUGGUCUGGAACCAAACCUGCAAUAUCUCCAAGGUAUGCCUAUAUACUCACAUUACUUUUGGUUUCUUACUAUAAAGGUGGAAGAAUGAAAGGGCUUCAGUAGCAAUAGAUCCUACUUCUCCCUUGACAUGCUGGUUUAGCAGUGUGAUAACGAGUGAUUUUUAUCUGAGGUAAAUAAAUAAAUUUAUUUCUCAAAUAACAUAAGAAUAGCAAUUAGGCACAGGCCGUGCUUUGCCCCUUGGACACUACCUGUCCCAGGUACAGAAUUACACAACAAAAAUUAAUGGUCACCAGAUCUGCUCCAAAUAUGUCAUAAUAAAAAUAGUUUUCACCAGGGUUAAAAAUCCUGUGUGUGUGUAUCAGGCCUAAUAAUGCAAUCAUAUACAUACAGUAUUUACUUACAAGUGACUCCAUGUUCAGUGGGACUUACUCCCUUGUAAGUGGAUUUAGAGUAUAUCCUAGGUGUUGCAGUGUUUGCCACCUUUUCCUUUUCACUUAAGUGUUUCGCAGAAAGGUUGUUAAAGGGUUAUAAUGCAAUUACAUACAUGCUUAUUCAAAAAUAAGUUCUGUUCCCAGUAAAGCAAGUGUAGGGUUAGAGCCUUAAAUUUGCUUGAGUUAGACAAUUCUCAUGCCCUCCAGGUGUUUUGGACAACAGCUGCCAUGGCCAAAUAAUGGUCAGGGUUUAUAGAAGUGUUCUCCAAAACAUCUAGAGGACAACAGGUUGGAUAAAAGUUUGGUAGGCCAAAAUAAAUGUUCAAGCACAAUAACUGUUUCUGACUUCCAGUCCUUGAUGUACCUACUUUCCUUUAUUAACAUGAGUAUCAAGUGCUAUUAUUUGGGCGAUUACCCUGGAUGGUCCCAGACGGACUUUCAAAAAUUAACUUCGGUGAUAUGCUCAUGCCUCCCUCUUUCAUCUGCCAUGAUGGUGGCUUCCUCUACAUUCUUUAGGACAGCUUUCUCCAACUUGGUCACCUCCAGUUGUUUUGGAUUAGAGCUCCCAUCAGCCCCAGCCAGCAAUUGCUAACGGUCAAGAAUGGAGGAAGUUGAAGUCCAAAACAUCUGGAAGGAACCAGGUUGAAGAAGGUUGGCUUGGACUUUGUGUAUAUGUGCCCAUACAUGGUGAUUCUCAUAAUGUAGCAUUUUAGUUCUGGUUUUUCUUAGCUUUUUUCUUAUUAUGAAGCUCCUGUUCAUUCCCUAUCCUAUAUACAUUUUCUCAUUUCAUCUGAAUAUUCCCACGCUACAUAAGUGUUUCUUUAAGCAGCAUCUAUACUGUGCUUUCUGAAAAUGCUGUGUUUUCUGAUGCCCUCUUGUGGCAUAAGGUAUCACAUUUCCAUUUAGCAGAAUGUAUUUCUUCUAUGAGCUUUUUGGAAUAAGCUCCUUUGGUAGUUUCCUUUUGGUGUUGUUUUCUCCAGAGCUAUACUGGGAGAAUUUAUACAGUAUCAACCAGCUUUUAGAAUGGGGCAGACUAGCAUCUUACAUGGGAGGAAGCUAUUUUUAGACUAGUAUCUUAUCAAUUUUACAUCACCCACACCACACAUGAGGCUUUGAAGAACCUUCAAACAUUCUUUUAGAAAAGUAAGAUUUCCCAAAGUUCUGGCGAGAAAUUGUAAUUUAUAAUCCUGUUUUUUCCAGUUUGAACAAGAAGAACAGAAUCAUAUUAUUUGGGUAGAUGCUAGUGAGCUACAGUUAGCAACACAAUCAUGUCUUAAAAAAUUAGGUGGUGGCUCCCAAACGCCACAAACCCAGAAGUGAGUGUUCUGGUUUGCAAACAUUCUUUGGAACCCGAACAUCCGACGGGGCUUCCGAACGGCUGCAGGAGCUUUCUGCAGCCAAUUGGAAGCCACACCUUGGUUUCCAAAUGUUUUGGAAGUCGAACGGACUUCCAGAACGGAUUCUAUUCAACUUCCGAGGUACCCUCAGAGUAAGGGUUCUCUCAGAAUAGAUGUUCUGUUACUCAGAAAAAUGUAAGAAUCUAUACCUUACUAGAUAUUAUUUAAAGCUUGUAUCAAGUGCAGUACACGGUAUAAUAACAUAAGUAUAAUAACAUCAUAAAUAGUAAACCAUUUCUUUAAGGGAAAAUGGUGAAAGGACAAGAUAAUAGGUAGAAGCCAAGUGGGGGAUCCCUAAAAGCAUCUUCAUCAGAGAGUUUUCAGUUGCUUUCUUAGAGUAAGAAGGUAGGAAAAACACAGCUAGCAUGUGGAAGCUAUCUGCUAUCAUAGGCAUUCUUUUGGAAAACAAUCUGAUCACCUACCAGCUCAAAUUGUGCUUCUGGGAUUCCCAUGCAGCGGGUGCUAUCCAGCCACAGUCAGCCACAAGGGAACUUGCCACGAGCGGGACUCUUGUUAGAAAUAUAUAACGAACCCAAAUCUGACAAAACAAAAGUGUCUGUGGUUGCUACAUUAUGCACAUUUAGGAAUAAGUUCCAGUGAAUUUCGUGAAGCUUUGGAGUGUAUUUUGCUUUUGUGCAUCAAAUUUGCUAUUAAAGUUUCUCUCUGAGCCACUAUGAAAUGUGGCCCUCCUGGCCACGUAGAUGAAUUUGAAGAUACAAGAAGUGCUGCUGAAUCACAAAAAAGGCAAGUAGAAAGAAGAUCAAAUUUACUUUGCUUUCAGCUCAUCAGUUUAUUUAGCAAUACUUUUCAAUAUUUGAAGUUUUACACUUCUAGGUGUGACAAUCCUAAAAUAAUGCUGCUGGCCAGAUUGAUUACAUUUAUGAAAAUGAGAGGCAUUAGUGGCAGUCUUCCAUCACUUGAGACAUUCCUAGAGGUGGGUCUGUAUUAUUGAACAGGUUGCCCCCUGCCUUAACACCAGGAGAUCCAUUAAUGCAGCUUCCAAGAAGUUGUCUUUUUCUCUCUUAGAUGAGUUUUUCUGGUCCUGUGGCCAUGACUCAGGAACAUUUUCAGGUGUGCUGCUUGGGUGUUUUAAGAGAAAUAGUACUGAGCAGAUAUUUUACCCUAAAAACAAGGAAUGUUAGGUUGGACUCGGGCCAAGUCAUGGUUUACAGCCGUUGAAAUCAAUGUUAAUGUAUCUACUAUCAUUCUGGCUUGCUCUAAACAGCAGUAGAUAGAUAGAAUUGGUUUACAUAAAUAUAGAGCCAUAGACCCCCACCUCAUUUUAUUGCGCUUUGCCUUAUUGCGGUUCACAAAUAUUGCUCUUUAUGAGAUUGUGGGUGCAGUUGCAAGCAGCCCGGCUCCUUCCAGGGGAAGGAAGCCCCCCCCCCCAUUGCUGCCCCUCUUCUGGCCACAGAAGGAGAGCUGGCUACUGGUUUUCCCGUCCUGCCCCUGCAGCCAGGGGGCCUGGCUUAAUAGGCUACUGCAGCAUAGGGUAAACAUAACUUUAAUAUACACCGGGAAACAAAAAAUAUUGUGUUACUUGUUUUAUUGCGAUAGUCGCUUACUUGCAGUGUUCUGCAAUAUCUCCAAGGUAUGCCUGUAUUUAGGAAGAUAAUGGCUGAAGAUGGGAGGUUCUCCAUACAAGAAAGGUUGUGGACAUGGAUAAUAUUUUAUUCUGGAAAGAGAAGAAACAGAAAUGCAUACGAGAAACUGUAAUACAAAAACCAAAGAAGUUUUCCGAGAACGUGCUAUCGCCAUUCUAACGGUCUGUGCGUUUCACCCUCCCCUGUCUUCUAAAGGACGUCAAGUUAUAUUUGAGGCACUAAUUGAAAUUCAGGCCACACCACUGCUUAGCCUGCUGCUCUAUAUGUAGCAUCAGAGUACCCUGAGAGGCAUUGCAAAUAGCAUUUCCUAGUCUUUCUUAUCUGCUGACGAUGUUGGAGAGUUAAAUUUAGAAACCAUCUUCCAUGUUGGGCCUCGUUCCCAGACAGGGCUGAGAACACGCUGUGGUCUCUAUCCACGUCACAGGGAGAAAAAUCCUGUUGUAACCAUUGACGAGGGAGGACAAGGGUUAGGGUAUGGUGGCUUUUACAAUAGCUGCCGCCCUGCCCCAUUAUUCAUAGAUCAAUUGUGCAUUUUUAAAGGGGCUAUGGGGUUGUCAGCCAUCCCACUGAAUUCUCUGGGGAGGUGGGUUUGUGUACGUGUGUCCCUUUUGUGCCACGUUGUGUUCAAAUUUAGCAGACAGACGUUUGCCCUGUUUUUUUUUUUUCUUUUCAUGAUUUAUUUAGUGAUGGUUUAUAUUUCAUAAGGGUAAUUUUUAGCACUAUCGUUGCUGGGAACAGAGCCCAUUAUGCAAUUGGUCAGACAUUGGGUUGUGUGCCUUGCUGCUGCUGUUGCUUUUCUAAUGCAAAAAAGAAAUGUCACAACUGUAACAUUUAAAAUUAAUUAAGUUAUAUUGGAGUAAUAGAUGUUUUGUUACAGUUUGUCCUAUAUGUUAAUAGGAUCAACCUGUUCUACAUUUACAUACAAUGUUGGGGUGAGAACACCCUAGUUAAAAGCAAAUGUGCACUGGUUUGUUAUAUAACUAGUUUAUUAUCAAUAUAGAUGAGGAAAUUUGCUGAAAUUUAUAUUGAUAAUGAACUACAUAUUACAGCGUCAACUAAAUGAGUUUUGUUUGUAUAAUAAUAUAUUGGAUCAAAGUAUGUGGUAUCAUUCAAACUGCCAUUCACUCCAUUAUUGCACUCACAAUAGUGUAGCCAAAGAGCCAUGGUCAAGUAAAUUAGAGAACAAUGUUGUCUAAACUGAUUGUAUGACUCUGCUUCCAGGAUUUAGGUUACGGAUGUCUUGUUUGGGAUUGAAUGGGGGAGUGGAAGAAAAGUACACAAGGACUAGAAAUACCAACGGGAUGGGGAAUGGCUAGACUCUGAGCUCCCCUAUGGGCAGCUUUAACAGAAGGGCAGGACCACUCAACCGUCAGUCACCAGAUGUCAUCAUGACAUCAGGUGAUCUAUUUUUCCAUUGCCGCAUGGCAUGAAUUAGGACCCAAGCCAGGCCUAAUUGGAGUCACAAGCUAGAGAUCCCCUAUCGCAGGAAUAGCAGAACAGUAGGGGGACUGGUGCAUAUUACCACCAUGAGAGAUAGACAGGGAGCUGUGGAGGGCACUGGGUUCCUACUCCAUGGACAUUUGACAUCCUGAUUAGGACUCUUCUUUUUGAGCUUCCAUAAAGUCGCAGGAGGAUAUACUUUGGUUGAAACUUCUUCAUAGUCAAAAUAGUUUGACACUUACACAUGCGAGGGGGAGAUCCUUCUCUGGGAGAUCUUCAAGUAGACACUAGACAGCAGUUUCUUAAGUUGGUAUUGGAAAAAAGGUGAAUAAGAGGGUGCAUGAUAGAGGUAUAUAAAAUUAUGCUGGGUAUUGAAAAAGUGGAUAGAGAUAAGUUUAUCCCCUCUCUCAUAACACUAGAACUGAAGGAUAUCCAAUGUAGUUGAAUUCAGGACAGAUGAAAAAAGCACUUCUUCCACAUACUGUAUAGUUAUAAACUAUGGAAUUUGCUUCCACCGGAGGAGGCGGUGGCCAUCAACUUGGGUGGUUUUAAAAGAGGAUUGGACAAAUGUCUGGAGGACGACACUAUCAAAGGCUAUGUUCUACCACCACUGUCAAGAGGCCAUAUGCCUCUGAAUGCUAGUUUUCUCUAGAAUGUGCUUGCCCAAAUCCUUCAACCAUUUUUCACCAAAGAACAUGUCUAGCAUCCUUACUGUUUUACUAUCUAUGUUGCUUUCUCUGUCACUUCUGUGAUUACCUUAUAAUGUUAAAUUAAAACGUAUUAUAUAAAUUGAAGCCUUGCCAUUGUUGAGAGGAAACCACCUACAACUUGGACGUAUCAGUUAUAGCUAAUCAAAAUUGCAGUUGCCCUGAUUUCAACAAUAUUAUGGUGUACAUUGGCUCCUGUUCAGCUGAUGAUCUUCUAAUAGAGAAGUAAGGAACCAAAUGCUUCCAUGCCCUUCUCAAGUGCUUUUGCUUGCCUAGAAUGUGCCCUUGCUUGGCUGGAUGGACAAUACAGAGUUGGAGACGUGUAGAAACCUCCGACUUUUGUUGGGCUGGAUUGUAGACUUCGUGCAGAAGUCAGAGUUGCUCCUAUUGGCCCACCCAUUUUUGCCUGUGGCCCUGCCCACCCUGCAAGGUGCCUAUGAAGGGAGCACAGCUAUCAGGCUGCAAAGGGUUCCCCACUUCUGUUCAACUAGAAGUCCUCCAAAGCAGUGCCAUUUUCUAUUAGUUCCCCCACUUGAUGCCGUUAGUUUAGUACACACUAGCAAGUAGUGUCAAGACUUCUAGCAUCUGAGAUCUUUCCCUGUUAGACGUUAGAUCUAAAAGUGGCUCUUUGAGUGCUGCAACUGGUUUUCAAUACUCCAACUGCUUUUUCUGUAAAAGUAAAACUGCUUUACUUCUAUAAAGUAAAGUAGGUUCCUUGGCUUUCUUACUACAGUCAUACCUCGGGUUACAGCCGCUUCAGAUUGCGUUUUUUCGGGUUAUGGACCGCCGAAACCCGGAAGUACCUGGAUGGGUUACUUCCAGGUUUCGGUGGUCACACAUGCGCAGAAGCGCUAAAUUACACUUGGCACAUGCUCAGAAGCACCGAAUCACAACCUGCACGUUCGCAGACACACCGCUGCGGGUUGUGAACAUGCAUCCCGCACAGAUCACGUUCGCAAUCCGAGUGUCCACUGUAUAGCAGGGCUUCAUCUUCUAAAAAUGGUGCGUGCCAUCAUCUAGUCCAGGCAUGUCCAACAGGUAGACUUUGACCUGAACCCCCAAAAAGGGGGUAGAUCACUGCCAGUUUUUAACUCUGUGAGUAGAUUGCAGCCUCUUGGGAGUUGGUCACCCCUGAUCUAAUCUAUUUAAAACGAAUAAUAAAGAUGGUGCUAGCUUAACAAGCAUAUUAUUCUAGAAUUUCAUUCUUUUCCCAUUUUGUCCUUCCCUCAUCUCUUCUCCACAGUGUUCUUUUUAGUGUGGGUGUGGGUGUAUAUAAACACAUGCAUGCACCAUAAUGCUUUUCCAUAGCAUCCUCUUAUUUAUUUUUUUGGAAUGCUAAAGUAUCCAAGGUUCAUUCUGCUGAAGGGCAUCUCACAACGUAGUCUGGAUCAGAUGUCACCAAAAAGGCCGCAUUUCCGUGUUGUGGUCCUGUGCUCACUAUCUGAUGAAUUAUACAUGAGGCUGCAUAAAGCAGAUUUAAAAAGAUGAAACCAAUUAAAUUUUAAUGGGGGGGGUGAGAUGAGUUGGGGGAGGGGAGGGAGGCGCAGUGGUGAGACCAGGGAGAGAUGACAAAGACAAAUGUAAUUGUAUAGCAGAUGCUUUACAAGUGUGUGAAGUUUAGCUGCUUAUGCUACUCUGUCAUUAGCCUACAUUGUAAAAUAAUUUUGGUUAUCAUCUUCAUUCUGUUACUGAAUAGAAUACCACUCACCAGCAGAUUAAAGAGGGAGAUUCUUACUGAGGCUGCAUGUCCUUUAGAUCUUACUCUGUUUCAUUUUGGCCUGUCCCUAAGUAACAAAAGUCUGGCCUUAUUUAUGUGAGAUCCUGAGCCUUCAUACUUUCUCAUAGUUCACUUGGAGCAAUGGAUGCCCAAACCUAAAAUUGCAUUUUAGCAGCUGAGCAUGUUCCCAGUAUGACUAGUUCACAAACGUUUUCAUUGAUCUAGUUGCCCAUGCAUACUUGUUUUUCUAAAAAACAACAACACCUCAUUUCUUAACAUUAUUAAAUAUUAAACCAUUUGAAGUUCACUUGACUUGUUCCAAAAUCGUUAACUGGUUUGGCUGAAACAGGAAACCGGUUUAAUCUUGACUCGUGCAAAAGGAGGAGCAAAAGUCUGUGUCGGGAUGAAAGUCUCAGUUUUUUAUUAGAUUUGUGAAUUUUAUUCAACAUUUCCAUGGAUUAUGUGGCUUGAGGAGAUAUUUAUAGUGGUACCUUGGUACUCGAAUGGCUUGGCUCCCAAACAAAUCAGCUCCUGAACACUGCAAACCUGGAAGUAAGUGUUCCGGUUUGCGAAUGUUUUUCAGAAGGCAAACGUCAAAUGCGGCUUCCACUUGAGUGCAGGAAGCGCCUACAGCCAAUCAGAAGCCACGCCUCGGUUUUCAAAUGGUUUGGGAGUUGAAAGGACUCCUGAAACGGAUUAAGUUCGAGAACCAAGGUAUCACUUUAUUUCACAACUCUUACCUAUAAACUUACAUUGUAAGGCUUUCCUGAGCAGAUUUGUAUCCGUUAAAGAGAAAGAGAGACAAUGCAGUAUUUGAACUUAGCCAUCAAAAUCAACCCAAUAGAAACCAAGUGAGAGUCAAAUAACAGGAUUUUCAAGAAUAGGACCCAGCCUUCAUACUGCAGCAGAAAGAAAGAGCGAGCAGGAAAAUCUUUGUGCUCUCUGUGUAGUCGAACAUAAUGAAUUCUGUGUAUGUUCAGAGUCUCACUCAGGAAGCUUUCAAAGCUGGGCUAGAGUUUGGGGUGGGUGUCCUGUCCUCCCUUCCGUGUGUGCACAUCAAGGGACAUGGUUUUUGUCCCCCACUCAGUUCUGUUUCAACUACGAUGUUGUAUGACUUAGGGCACUGUCUGUAGGGUUGGUUUCUAAAUAAAAAUGCAUUCCAUAUUUUUAUUCUUGCCGUUGUUCUGCCUCUUCCUUUUGCACUUGUUGAUUUUCUAUUCCGUAGCCCAUCCAAAUGCUCCUCUUCCCACCUGUGAUUGACAAGGUGAGAUACUUUGGAAAGUGUGUCACUUAAUGACUGCCAUUAAUUUCCAAACCAUCCUUGUUUGUAGACCAUUUGUGUGUAUCAGUAAUUCAGAUGAUUAUAGCAGCUUCGCCUAAGGGAGUCAUGUCUGUGUGUUUCACAGGCCACUGUCACGAGAAGAGCCAAGGCAACAGCCAUACCAAGCAGAAGUACCUUGACAAGCCCGAUUCUGAGAUCAUAUCCAUGGAAGAAAAUCUUGUGGCAGUGACUGAUGCCGAUUCCACAGAUCUUAUUCACAGUUCCACAACAGAGUCAUCCUCUUUGACUUUAGAAAGUAAGUGAAUAUUGGAAUAGUGAACACAGCAAAGGGGGGGGGGGGUUGAGCCUGUUCUUAUUUUUCAGAGCAGUUGUUACUUUGUACCUCUCUUUUUCAUUGGAAAGCCCCUCUUUUUCAUUUGUUAGCGUUGAUAAAUGUAUGAGAGAAGGAAUUUCAUUGCGUGCAUCUUCUUCAGCAGUUUGAAACUUCCCACUUUGAUACAACCAUUAAGAAUACAAGGACCUUAAUGUUGAAGUUGGCCAUCUCUGCUGUACCUACACCCUUGACCAUCUUAGCAGAGCAGGCUACAAAUAAAUCCCUUGCACGGAAAUGCAUAUGUUUAAAUGCACUUGCCAUAUCUGCCGGUUCAUUUGUCCAUGGCAUACCUGCCUGGACCACAAAAUAAGUCACCGCACCUGUUGAGUGCUUAAAAAAAUAGUAGAGCACCAAAAGAACACAUCCUUGCCUAUGGUCCAUAUCAUGUCUAAAUCAGGCUUCACUGAGCUACAUACAAUUUGAUUGCAGAACGAUUAGGGGGAAAGUAAAGACAUAUUGCUUGAUUGCAUAGGAGUGUAGUUUAAUUCCAUUGUUAAAGGACUUUCCCAUCUGUCAGACAUGCUAAUGGUGUCACAUUGCUCUGAGAACGCAUAUGCAGUUUGUGAUAGAAUGGGAUCCCUGAUUAGAUUAGACGAAGAUCCAUCCUCACUCAAAACAGAGGUCUGUCUCGUCCUGCACCCUCUUUCUAAUAGUAGCCCACCAUACCACAUGCUUCUGGGAAAUCAACAAGUGCCCCAGUCCUCUUGUUAAGCUCUCAGCAAUCGCAGUUUAGAGACAUACUGCAAGUAAACUCUGGGGACUCCCAUUUAGUGAUCAUGCCUUGGUAGGUACAUAGGAUGCUUGCCUGAUACCCUCUACCCAAAUUCACCCUCUUGCCUUAAUAUGAGGCUUCCUAAUAGGAAAUCACACUCACUAAUUAUUUCUGAGUCAAUAUCCCAACACAAAAAUAGGAAGUAAAAGGGAAUUGAUUCAGAUCAGGGCACAAAAGGUGCAAUCCAUAUCUCAGUCAUGUGAACAGAGCCAAGCAACUGCCUGUUCCUCUCCCCAGUUGUGCAAAUGAGCAAUUUGCACUUUCUGCAGUUGCCACAUCAUACUGGGGCAAUGCACAUUGUCCUUACCAUUCUCUGCUCGGUGGAAGGGCAAGUCCACAGAAUUUCCUUCUUGUCAUGCCAGCAGGAGUUUUUCUGUGAACAAUCCCUGUGUGUAAUCCCCUCACUUUACGUGACUUAGUGAAAUGCUCCAGUUUCUGGGAACUGCUGCUCCCUUCAACUAAUGGGAACUUCUUGCAGAUUUCAUUAAGAGAAGCAUGCAGCUGCUUUUGAUAUAUUUUGCCUCUUGAAUGAUAGCUUCACCGGAGACAUUUUUUAGAGGAACUUAAUGGAAUGCCCUGCAUGGUGGCUUGAGAGCUUGAAUUAUGAGGUGAAUACAUUUUUAAUACCUUUUAGGUUCUGAGCUCUUCAGGUUGGAUAGUUCCCCCCCACACCUCAAAAUGGGAAAGGGUAUUUUCCAGAUAACAGAAUAUUGUCUGAUUUUGAAAAAUUAGCAAUCAAAAAAUAAUUUUGAUUGCCUAAAAAUACUCAUUCCUGGAAAAUACAGUGGAAAGAAAUGAUGCUUGGGCCAAUCAAACAUUUUAGAUCUGUCCUUACAAUGUGAACUUUCCAAGCAGGGUCGCUACCGAGAGCUAUUCAAAUUAUUGCUUUCAAACCAACAAACAAUUUAAUGAGAGGGCUUUGAAAGAUCAGUCCUUUUCAAUCCAAAGUGACAAGUUGUAAGAAAUAGAUCUUUUAGCGUAGCAACACCUAUACUUUGGAACCCAUCACUUACUGACAUCAGGCAGGCUCUUUCACUUUACUCUUUUCAGUACCUGCUAAAACAUCUUUCUUUAAGCAAGUCUAGCCAGACACAAAGAUGCUGCUGUGUUUUAAUCCCUCUUUAGUUUACUAUUGGUUUCAAUGAACUUUUAAGUGUUUUUAAUUACUUAAACUUUUAUUAAUAUUUUUUAAUAUUUAUGAUAAACCGCUUAGAGGUUUUAUUACCAUCAGCCUGCAUUUAUAUCAUUAAAAAAACCCUAUGUGUUAAAUUGAUUCCCAUAGUCUUGGUUUCAGACAAAAACAGAAUAUGGGUGGGUUGAGAAUAUCAUAGUGCUGAAAGUUUUAAUCAGUUCUUAAGCAUUGGAUCCUUAUGCAAAACAACUCUUCUGUUGAAUGGUCUUGCAACAAGGAUAGGUUCACACAGUCAUGCCUUUCACACCAUUAUUGUAAUUAAUAUGUAAUCUUCCAUAAUGUCUCGGAUAUUGUGACUUGACUUUUCAACAUAUAUAGGCUGUAAUGUAUGGCAAGGAAAGGUUAUGGAUUAGUUUUAGUCAUAAGCAAAAGCAGAAGUGUGAUGCUAUCCUGUCUGGCAUGUAACCCUAAUUAUAAUACAGCUUUUGAUCCGAGUGAUUUAUUUUGUUGCUCCCCCUUUGCAGGCACCGUCAUUGCCGAAAGCAAUGGUUCAGAAGAAGUGGAGAGUUUGGGAGAUGCUCAGAUGUCCGAAGAAAUGUUGGCAUUGGUUGACGAGUUUGAAAAUUCGUGGCCCCUUGAAGCCUUUGAGGGGGCACUGGAAGUGAAAGGCCAUCGGAUGGACUUGCAAGGGAUCCGUGUCCUCAAGAAAGGUUCUCAGGACGGACUUCCCAGCUCUUGUUUUGGAGAUUGUGGAGAUGAUGACGAUGACGAAACUGAAUGGGUAAGAACUCCCAUCAGCAAGAUCAAGCUGUGUAUUUCUUGUACAGCGUCUCUGGGUUAUCUAUAGCCUUCCUCAGGCAUCCUGAUAAUCACAUGAGAUAACAUUCACACAAGGUGUGUCCCAUGGAACAUAGGUUUCUGGGUGGUAAUUGAUCACGGUGAGGAUUUGCCAGACAUGGCUCCCUCUUAGCUCAUUUCUUCCUUUCAUCCUGAGUUCGUGCUUCUUCAAAAUCCAUGACAAGGGGGCCAAACCUUCAGAACACAUUACUCAAAUUCUGUAUCGGUUACAUUCUCUGCCCGUUGGUUCCUGUAGUUUAUAUCAAGUGGCUAGAAAAGGCUUAACAUAGUCCAUUAUAUAGUCCCUCCCUGUUUGCUCCUCUGAGUCUGUAAUGAUUAUUUUGCUUCAGCAUUCCAAUAAGUCAAUCACAGAGCAAAUUGUAUUUUGAAUAUAGCAUUCCUUAUUAGACCUCUUAUUGUUGCUUGAUGUAUAUACAGUGGUGCCUCGCAAGACAAAAAGAAUCCGUUCCGCGAGUCUCUUCGUCUUGCGGGUUUUUUCGUCUUGCGAAGCAAGCCCAUUAGUGGAUUAGUGCUACAGUAUUAGCGGCUUAGCGGGCUUAGUGGAUCAGCUGAUAAGCGGCUUAACGAUAAGCUGAUAAGCGGCUUAACGAUCAGCUGAUAAGCGGCUUAACGAUCAGCUGAUAAGCGGCUUAACGAUCAGCUGAUAAGCGGCUUAGCAUCAGCUGUUAAGCGGCUUAGCCAUCAGCUGAUAAGCGGUUUAGCGGCUUGGGAAAAAGGGGGGGGGAGGAAAAAAAAACCGCAGGAACUCGGAAGACAUUUUCGUCUUGCGAAGCAAGCCCAUAGGAAAUUUGUUUUGCGAAGCACCUCCAAAACGGAAAACCCUUUCGUCUAGCGGGUUUUCCGUCUUGCGAGGCAUUCGUCUUGCGGGGCACCACUGUAAUAUAUAGUAUAUAAUUUCCAUGUUUCUCAGCUGUACUAAUGUGUGUUUUCAUUGAUGUUUAUCAGUUGUAAUUGUCAGUUGUUAUAAAAUGUUAUAAACAUGACUGCAUUAGUUUUCCAUUAGUUUCAGUAGGUCUUCUGUGAGUAAAAUUUAAGUGAAUACUCACCCUAUGGUCCUCUUUACCCUCACCAUGUUAGUCCUAUGACAGGGGAGACGAACCACAGACCCAGUGGCCCUCCAGACUUCUCUAUCUCACCCAUGAGACUCUCUCCAUGCAGUGUUGAUUAUCUCUUGCAAGCGUGGUCCUCAGUGCUGAAUUGUUGCCCAACCUUGUGUUAAGUGAAUUAUUUUUAUAUACUUGCGCAAUUUGAUGAAUGAAAUGCAAUCAGAAGGAGGAGGGCCAGGAGAUCCAGGGAAAAGAGAAACUGUCUGGAAAUUGUCCUUGAAAUCAACUCAGACCACAGAAAGCCAGCUAUCUCUUUAUUCUCAACAGCACGCCUGAUAUAUUUGGUUGCUAACCCUCAUGAUGUUUUUUUUCUUUGACAGAUAACAUUCCAAGUAAAACGUGUAAAGAAACCCAAAACAGAAAACCUAGAUCCACAAGAGCCAGCAGGAAAAAAUGGAGAGGAGGGAGUAAAUGGAGAAAAUGAUAACCUUUACCAAAUGGCAUUGGAGAUCAGUGGGCCAAAAAUACCCUCCCCAGGACCACCAGGUAUAUAUUUUUUUAGGAUUUUUUUUUUUUUUUAGAGCUUCAGGUUGUGUUUUAUUCAUGACUGAUUCAGGUGAAGCAUAAGAAAUGAUAGAAAUGAUUACAUAGGUGAGGAGUGGGGAACCUUUUUUUAAAAAGAAUUUAAGUCUGUUGACCCUUCUGUCCUGAAAUGACAGUGUAGCCUUUUGCUGUAGUCAGUGAGAUAGUGUUUGAUAUAACAUGAUACAAUAUUUCCCAAUAGCCAAAGUCACAGUCAUGCAAGCAGAAUGAACACGAAUAAAAGUGUGACUUAAGAUCUGAGGACUCCACAGGUUAUAUUCAUCAUACAUGAAUUAGGGUCAAACAAGUAACAAAACUGUGAGGUUCUAUGGGUUAAAAUGUGGCAUAGGAUUUAAUUAACCUUUUGUCUAAAUUACUUCAGAGUAAAGCUCAGAGUCAAACUUGGGUUUCUGAAAGUAUGUAUCCUCUUAGAAGAAUUGCUAUCUUAUUCCUUUUACUUACCUUAUAAUAAGGAGCAGGGGCUGUAUUCAUGUUGGUGAAGGCAUUUAAAGUGCUUCUUGAUCUGAGCCACCUAAGCUACCCUCAUCUCUUUCAUUCUCUCUUUAGUAGCAUGAUUUUGUUGGAGAAGCAUUCAUGUUACCAUCCUGGGACUAAGAGAAGACCAAGCAACCAUGCCAAAUGCCAUGGCUGAAUGCAACUUGGGAGCAAGGCACCACCUGAGCCAAACUUAACAAACAUAGCAUGGCCAAGAGAGCAUAAAAAUAGAUGGUCCUAAACCCCAGAGUAGGGAUGGGAUGUACAGAAUUAUGGCGAAGCAAGGAUAGGACUGUUGUUUCCUAAGAGACGUCUGCCAGCUUCUUCCACCUGUGUUGUCUAUUUGCUGCCUUUUUUGGUAAUACUACUAUACUUACCAGGAGAGACUUCCAGGACUCUUGGUCUGAUGAUCUAAGACUGGGCUGAGUGGCGCCUUGUGUGAUGCCAAAAUUCAAUGCCCAAACCCUGCCUUUUGCCUUCCACUUUACAUAAUAGUUGUGGCGCCCCCAAGGCUCUGUAUCCAUGCUCCCCUAAAUCCACCUGUUCUGGACAGUAAAAAAAACAUUCACACCAAGCCACACCUCUAUAUAGGGGCACCAACUUGAAUAAAAUAUUGGGGGGGGGCAAGCCCUGCCCCACAUAAUCGACCACAUGAUGCAGUGCACACACACCAUUUGAAUGGCAAUGUCCAUCCACUUUGGGAAGGGCGAGCCCCCCAAAUGCAUAUUGUAUUAGGGGGCCAAAGACCCCUCGCCCCCUAGGAGUUGGCUCCUAUGUCUCCAUACAUGGAUCUGAGCAGCAGAGGUCUAUUCACAAUUUGCUGUUCAAAAAGUUGCAAAGUAGAAUAUAUUCAACCAUUGUGUAAAGUAAAUGUUGAAGCUUUUCAUAUUGUGUGUGUGGUUGCGGAAUUUCUGGAUAGAGAUCCCAAAGUUCUUUUAGCUUGGAGUUUACUAUGACCUAUCUUAGGGCCAGUAUUGAUAAUUAUGUUGAUACUUGUGUUUUAAUUAUCCAUUUAUUUUUACAUGUAUAAAUUAUUGACUGAAGUGGGGGAUGCAACAGAAAACUGCAGUGUCUAAUAAAUAGAAAAAUGCAUCUUGCAAUUUUUUUUUCAGACUCAAAUGUAUCCAUCAUAAUCUUCUGUAUGUCUCUCACUUCAGAUGUUGACCUGUUCGCAUGAUUAGAACACUCACAUGAGCAGUUAUUUAUAACAGUUAGCCAGCUGCAAUAUCCCUUAUUUUGCUGUGUGCACUGCAUAUUUUGGCUGUGUUCAGACUUAAUACUAAAAACUUGUUUGCUUCUUUCCAGGGAAAAGGCGAGACUACCGCAGCUUGGGUUGGCCAAGUCCUGAUGAGUGCAUAAAACUUCGCAGAGUAGAACUUACUACAGUAGCCAGCACAUGGCUUGCUGUUUCUGCUAAAAAUAUCGAGUGAGUGUUUUUUCUUGAAAACAAACUGGGUUAGUGCACAAACCAGUACAGAUAAUCGGUGGCGCCCUUCACAAGCUGGGUGCCCUCCCUGCGUGCUGACUGGAGCUGAUGGGAAUUGGAAUCCAAAACAGCUAAAGGUCACCAGGCUGGUGAAGACUGAUCACUGUUCUAAAAUAUUAUGGGCUGAACUCUACCUACUCCAGCCACACUGUUAUAGGGAGGCUAAUCUUGUCAUAAAAGGGAUGCAGGUGGCUCUGUGGUCUAAACCACUGAUCCUCUUGGGCUUGCCGAUCAGAAAGUUGGUGAUUCAAAUCCGCGCAACAGGGUGAGCUCCCUUUGCUCUGUCCCAGCUUCUGCCAACCUAGCAGUUUGAAAGCACACCAGUGCAAGUAGACAAAAUAGGUACCGCUGCUACAGGAAGGUAAAUUGUGUUUCCGUGUACUCUGGCUUCUGUCACGGUGUCCCGUUGUGCCAGAAGCGGUACCUAUUUAAUCAUGCUGGCUACAUGAACCAGAAAGCUGUCUGUGGACAAACACCAGCUCCCUCGGCCUGAAGCAAGAUGAGCACCGCAACCCCAUAGUCACCUUUGACUGGACUUAACUGUCCAGGGGUCCUUUACCUUUACCUUUUUACAUAAUCAUGUCAUCCACAGUAUCCCAGGAUAAUCACCUUUGUCUCUUUUAACGCACAAUAUGUUACCAUCUGUUAACAGUGCCCCCCAGCAGUAUCUCCUGCCCUGCAGAACUUAAAAGACAACGGUUCAUAAAUGAUGUGGCAUUAGGAAUGAGCAGCGAGGUAGUCAGGUUAUUAGAUAAAUGUUCAAGAUGGUGACAUUCAAAAGUAAAUUCAGUGUUAUGACUGUGGGAUAUAAACACAGGAGCAGUCAAUGACAACAUUGUUAGAACAUGGGGAGGGAUGUCAGUCCAGCAAGCAGGUAAACGGACUUCCUCCGCAUGUGACCAGAGGUGGGUGUGGCCUCACCUGUGCAGGUAAAUGAUAAAAGCACAGGGCAGGCAGCCAUCUCUCUCUGCCAUUUUCCUUUCGAUGAGGAAACAUCUAAGGAUGCUCUCUUGGCUCCCAGCCAAGAGAGGAGAUAAGGACUAUCUUGCUACAAGAUAGAUUCUGAAUGUAUGUAACCUUUUUAAGCUGUCUGCCUUCUGGGAUCAUAUUGUGAACAGAACGUGAGUAAACUCUUUUAUACUUUUAUAAAGACUGUGUCGUGUCUUGUAUUUUAAGAGGGAACAAAAGGGGAAAUUACCAGAGUAAUUAUUAUAGAGGUUCUAGCGAACCUGUGCAAGCGUUACCGUUGCGAACUUAAAGGGGAGCCCUAGUAUCAUUCUGUCAACCAUCUUCAAAAGCAGCCCCGCAUAGAGCACAUUGCCAUAGUUCAGGUGGCAUGUCACUAAAGCAGCAGUGUAUCUUAACUUGAGUAUUUUUAUAUGUACCUCUCAACUUUUAAAUCAUAUUUGGAGCUCUCUUAACCUGAAAGCUGUGUGAGUUGCUGCCAAGUGUGGAAUGCCACUUUUAAAAUAAUAAUAUUCUCAGGUAGCUGGCUUGAAAUUUUUGUUGCUAAAGCCAGGACCUAAGCCCGGUUGAUAUAAUACAAUGCUGAGUGAGCAAGAAUCAUGUCAUAACACAAUCUGUUAACUCUGGAACUUACUGUCUGGCUUAUUAACAGAUUUCUUAACGCCUGUGUAAUUUCAUUGGCAGUAUUAUCAUUUAUACCAUCUUACUGUGGGAAAGUGAAACCUAAUGCUAAAGGAAUGCAUUAUGAAGGAUUUGGAAGCUUGCUGUUACAUAUCCACAUACUAGGAUUGGGAAAGCUGCCCGUUGUUUUCUUGCUCCAUAAGUAAUUUCUGGAUUUUGCAAGGAAUGGUAGCAACAGAUUUGAGUAGCCUGCUUCUCCCUUAAGCAUUAUUAUAAGAGUAUUUUGCAAUAAAAGCUCUUUGUCUAAAAUGAAGAUAAAAUCUAUCCCCCCUUUUUUAAAAGGAAGCUCCAUUUUUCUUUACUAUCUUAAGAUGAAUCUCAUUGAGGAUUGAGAAGACUUGUGCAAGCAUUCAAAGCUGAUUAGCUGAACUUGUUUCAUUUGGAGGAUCGGGGCAAUGAAAUAGAUGCAUAUAUCAAUCCAUUGUUAAGUGACUGACAGACUACUCAAAGUAUAGCUGUACUUGGAGAAGACAGUGGGCUCAGAUGUUCCAAGUUUUGACACAAUCACGCAAAUAAUAAUUUGGGAUGCUGUCCACUUUCUCAGUGCAAAUGGUUGUUCCAGAAUGCAGAGGCAAGGGGUGGAAGCAAAAGGAACAUGCCAGCCCUGGGGUGUGCCUCUUAAGAUGUCUGUAUCAAGAUACAAUUAACAUCUAGACUAAAGAAUGGAUUUUUAGUGCUGAGUUUUAACGUUGCUGCAUACUUACUUAUGUUUUAAAUUUUAUUUAUAAGCUAUUGGGAGGAGUUCAAUUAUAAGUCACUGUAGAAACAUGUGUUUCUUUUUUUAAAAAAAACCUAAAUAAAUAACUUGAAACCAGCUGGUAGAGUGCAGACAUACAAUGUGUUGUGGAGAAGCUAUUGCUGCCCUGGAACUGUUGCUCCUUCAACCUCUUUCUCUGAAUACUUCAUUUAUGAUGAGAUUUGGCCUUCCCUUCAUUUCUAGUAUUACAGAACACAUAGAUUUUGCAACCCAGCUGCAGGAACCUGCCGUGGAACCUCUCUGCAAUGCCAACCUACCUGCCAGCAUGCAUACUUUGGAUCAUCUUCAAGGUGUUGCCAAUCGGGCUAGUCUUCAUUACAUGGGAGAGAGUCAGCUAAAAGAGGUAGGCUAACCUGUGGGCUUCACACACACACUGGUAAGAAGCAUCUUUGCACAUUGCAGGUAACAUUUCCUAUUGCUGUCUACCCAGUGCUAGUGGUAGUUUAGCAGCAUGUGUGAAACAGAUGUUGACAGAUGGCAGUGCCAACGCAGGUUUCUUGUGCUUCCAGCUUGCACUUUAGCAUUAAAACAGAUGUGCAGGACACCUGUGGGGAAAGGAUGUGCAGUAUGAAAAGUGUUCUCAUAUUGCCUCUGUUCAACAUUUAUUCCAUGCCAAUAGUGUGCUAAUGCACAACAUUGUGGUUUGAGACAGUGUGCCUGUACAGAAUGAACCUUUGUUGAGCUAUCCUGCCAUGUGACUCAAGUGAAUCAGAAGUUCAAAUUCCAUGAACCUGACUCCCCCAACAACCCAAAUAAAAUCGGGCAAAAGUUCUAUAUUAUUAUUAUUAUUAUUUACUUAAACCCCACCCAUCUGGCCAAGCUUCCCCAGCCACUCUGGGCGGCUCCCAACGAAAUAUUAAACCACGAUAAAACAUUAAAAACUUCCCUAAACAGGGCUGCAUUCAGAUGUCAAAGUCAGAUAGUUGCUUAUUUCCUUGACAUCUGAUGGGAGAGUGUUCCACAGGGCAGGCACUACUACUAAGAAGGCCCUCUGUCUGGUUCCCUGUAACCUCACUUCUCACAGGGAGGGAACCGCCAGAAGGCCCUCAGAGCUGGACCUCAGUGUCCAGGCUGGACGAUGGGAGUGGAGAAGCUCCUUCAGGUAUAUUGGGUCGAGGCCAUCUAGGGCUUUAAAGGUCAGCACCAACACUUUGAAUUGUGCUCAGAAACAUACUGGGAGCCAAUAAAGAUCUUUCAGGUCUGGUGUUAUAUGGUCACGGCAGCCACUCCCAGGCACCAGUCUAGCUGCCACAUAUAGACUAUCUAGCAGAAGUACCAGUAACUGAAUGGUCUUAGGUCAGGGAUAAGAAACAUGGUGCUUGUCAGCUGUUGGAUUCUAGUUCCCAUCAGCCGCAGCCAAUGUGGCCAAUGGCCAGGAAUGAUGGGAAUUGUAGUCCAGCAAAAUCUGGAAGGCACUACACCCUGGUUUAGACACUGACCUGCCUUCUCAUCACUUUCAGAAUAGAAGUUAUUAUUUUCUUCUGGUUCGUGUAGCUGCAUUUGCAGGGUGCCGGAAAGCUUAUACACAGAUAUAAGAGCACAUUGCCUGUCAGAAGAGAACAGAUUUUAACUUUGAAAGGGAAUAUGCAGAUUUUAAGAUGGCAUUGAUUGUAUUACCCUAAGCUGUUGCCUUCUCUUGUUCCUCAGGUGUUGCAGAAUCUUGGGAAAGACCAUUACCCACCGCAGUCUUUGGAACAAGUUGGGACUCGAAUAGCCAAAGUUCUAGAAAAGGUACGUGUGCACAACUAAGAGCUUACAAGUUCAUAUUGUCAUAAAUUUACCUGGUUGAUAGCCAUCUCUGUAACCAGUAGUAUUGCCUCAAUACCUGCGAUACAAAUCAGGGCUUCUGCUUCUGCUCCCCGCCCCUUACUGACCCUGCAUACACCCCAAAAUUGGCUCUGGGGUGGUCGGGAGAAAUCCCAGGACAGUACACAGGGUGAGGAGGUAUCAUUCUGUCUGGCAAGCUGGGACACUUGCACAGACAGAACAAUUGUGAGAGUGCUACAUUGAAUUCCACCGCAAGGCUAUAUUCUCUCUCUUUGAAAUAUUCUUAUAAAGUGGCUCCCAAUACACAUUUUUUUUUUUAUUUUUUAAAUAAUAUUUAUUAAAGUUUCAAAAGAAGAAAAAUCACAUUAUUAAGAAAAUUAACAAUAAAAAGGAAAAAUACAAAGUACAAAAAAGAAAAAAGAGUUAAAAACAAUUCCAUCUUUUCAUCACUUCUUUUACGUUUACUUGUUUCCCGGACCUCCUCAUACCGCCCUCUUUUGUAUUCCAAUUCAAUUUGUUAAUCCAACAAUUCCUUUCCCUCCUUUUUAAUCCUAAUCUUUAAUCUUGAGAUAUUAUAACAUUAAAUUUUUACAUAUUAAAAACCAAUUUUUCCAUAUUCUCUUGUGCCUGUACAGCUAGAAACCACUUAACUUCAAUCCAACAUCAUUCUAACAUUCAUUAAUUUUGCAAUAUUUCUGUAAAUAGUCUUUAAAUUUCUUCCAAUCUUCUUCCACCGACUCUUCUCCCUGGUCUCGGAUUCUGCCAGUCAUUUCCGCCAAUUCCAUGUAGUCCAUCACCUUCAUCUGCCAUUCUUCCAGAGUGGGUAAAUCUUAUGUCUUCCAAUACUUUGCAAUAAGUAUUCUUGCUGCUGUUGUAGCAUACAUAAAGAAAGUUCUGUCCUUUUUUAACACCGAUUGGCCGACUAUGCCCAGGAGGAAGGCCUCUGGUUUCUUCAAGAAGGUAUAUUUAAAUACCUUUUUUAGUUCAUUAUAAAUCAUCUCCAAAAAAGCCUUAAUCCUUGGGCACAUCCACCAAAGGUGAAAAAAUGUACCUUCAGUUUCUUUGCAUUUCCAACAUUUAUUAUCAGGCACAUGAUAGAUUUUUGCAAGCUUGACUGGGGUUAUGUACCACCUGUAUAUCAUUUUCAUAAUAUUUUCUCUUAAGGCAUUACAUGCCGUAAAUUUCAUACCUGUGGUCCACAACUGUUCCCAGUCAGCAAACAUAAUAUUAUGUCCAACGUCUUGUGCCCAUUUAAUCAUAGCAGAUUUCACCAUUUCAUCCUGAGUAUUCCAUUUCAACAGCAAGUUAUACAUCUUUGACAAAAUCUUAGUUUUGGGUUCUAACAGUUCUGUUUCUAAUUUUGAUUUUUCCACCUGGAAGCCAAUUUUCUUGUCCAAAUUGUAUGCCUCCAUUAUCUGAUAAUAAUGAAGCCAGUCUCGCACUUUAUUUUUUAAUUUUUCAAAACUCUGCAGUUUCAAUCUAUCUCCAUCUUGUUCCAAAAUUUCCCAAUAUUUCGGCCAAUUGACCUCCAUAUUAAGCUUUUUCAGAGCUUUCGCUUCUAUCGGUGACAGCCACCUUGGGGUUUUAUUUUCCAAUAAAUCCUUAUAUCUUAUCCAGACAUUAAACAAUGCUUUCCUAACAAUAUGGUUUUUAAAUGCUUUAUGUGCUUUGACCUUAUCAUACCACAAAUAUGCAUGCCAUCCAAAUACAUUGUUAAAACCUUCUAAAUCCAAAAUGUCAGUGUUUUUCAAGGAGCAGCCAUUCUUUCAACCAGCAAAAAGCUGCUGAUUCAUAAUAAAGUUUAAGGUCUGGCAGGGCAAAUCCACCUCUUUCCUUUGCAUCUGUUAAUAUUUUAAAUCUCUGGGUUAUUUGUGGGGCAUAGGAAUUCAUUCAUAUUUCCCCCCCCCCCAAAAAAAAAUAUAUAGUCCAGCCCCGCACAAGGUCAGCAGGCCAGCCCCCUGCUGAAAAAGUUCACUGACCUCUGUCCUAAAUGUACCUUUUCAGAGAUUAUAGUAUCUUUAUUGGUCCUUUUGAAAAACAGGCAUGCUGGCAUUCAUCCCAGGCUUAUUCUCCCCACCACCCUGUCUCUGACCAUCUAACUCCUUUGAAACACCUCAAGGGAAACAGAACUCUUAACCAGUAGUUAAAAUGGUUACUGAAAAUCACCAAAGAGUGGCAGCAUUUUUGCACUAAGCAAAAUACGAGGUUCUGCUCUUGCAAGAAAGCACGUAGCCGUUGUACCCAUUGCAGACAUCCAUGAGCGCCCUUCAAUAUAAUGCUGUCUGCAUAGACAAGAUGUGCAUUACCAAGUUGUUAAGUGCCUUAAUUUUUGAAUAAGCUUAGGAUGGAUGAAGGAAAAUAAUGAGGUCCUUGUGCAAAUGUGAAUGAUAUAUGAUAUUGCCCCCCUCCCACCCCAUCUUGUGUUUUUUAUGCCACACCAGAAUCAAACCUCUUGGGUCCUCUCCAGCAUGGCAGCCCUUUACUGGAGGGUAAAAGGUCAAGGGAAAAAAGCAAUUGACUGCCUCCGGCAAGCUCUGCAUCAUACUCCCUAUCAUAUGAAGGUAUGUGUUGUAUUACCUGUGUGCCUGUCUUUGAUUUCCAGCUUUCAGUUUGUGUGUCUAAGUUUAUGUGCUUUCACUGUUACUAACGCCUCCAGAACAUCUCCCACAUGAAUAAAUAACUGAGUACAGAAGUUUCAAGACAACCUUAAAGUAUUUUAGGGCAAUCAUCUACAGUUGCCUUCCAGUUGCCUUCAAAAUAGAUAUAAAGUGUGGCAGAAACACUUCCGCUCACAAUAAUAAGAUUGGCUUACUGUUUUCACCUCUUGGAUGGAGCCUCUUCCCCCACUGGAAAGCUGUUCUGGAUAGAGGGCAGUGUGCAGUGCAGUGUGGAGGAUUAUAGCUGGGGAAACGUCCACCUCCCAAAUCAAAAAAAUGCAAGAGAGCAUUUGGAUCCAACCUGUGUUUUGUGUGCUUGCAGUAGGCACAACAGAGGCUAGCUAAGUUCUGCUCCCAUAAUGGAAUACAAAACAAGCUGCAUGCCUUCACAUAGAUGAUCUGGGCUUUUCAGGAUAUCAGGCUACCAAACUCUUUCUCUCAAAAACAACAACAAAAAGGCACUGCCUUUUGGACAGUUCAUAAUCUCAGCAUGAUUUAUUUGUUUAGGAAAUUCUGUUGGCACACUGUCAGUUAAACAGUUGUCAUUUCAUUUUGCCAUUAUACAUUAAAAUCUGUCUUGGCAAUGCAAGAAAAGAAAAGAAAAGCCCCCAAAAUAGAAGCUGACCCUAAUAAGCAAAGCCGGUUCUUUCAACAGCUGUCAUUUCCAUGACCUGAUUCGGCCUAAAGCAACAUACUCUUCUCACUAGAUUUGUUCCACUUUUCUUCUCUUUCAGGAUGUGCCACUCAUAAGCCUAGCAAACAUCUUUCACAAUGCAAAGCUUUGGAAUGAUGCCAUCAUUGUGGCUACAAUGGCAGUAGAAAUUGCCCCACACUUUGUUGUCAAUCAUUUCACAUUGGCUAAUGUCUAUGUAGCAAUGGUAAGUGAAUAAUCAUUAGAUUCGGUUCCCUUUCCUUUCACAGCACCCUGAUGCUCCAGUAUUACAGAUAGGUAGAGUUUAGGAACAAGGAAAGAAACCACAGUUGUGUGUGGAGACAGCAAUUAGUCAUGUAGCUGGUAGGUAGAGAGUUGUCCCUUUUGGUUUUGUUGGCUCUGACAGGUGAUAUCAUCUGGCUAAUUCUCAAAACGCUAUGUGGGUGUCUCCAGCUUCCCAAUUCAGAUCGAGUUGCUCUCUGGUUUGGUGCCUGUGGUGCUUGCCUGCCCCAGUCCCUUUGUUCUUUGUCAUGCAACUCUUCCUUUUUCUUCCUGUAAUACAGUUUUAGGCACCCUCAUAGCACGUGACCUGUUCCCCCUUGGCAUGAAGCCUGGCUAGCAUUUGAUAGGACACUGUGGGCUGCAGAAGCAUCUCAGUUGAUGGGGGAGGCAAUUAAAGAGCAUUGCAUCACUGGCAACCUGGAAACAGCACCAUGGUCGUAGUCUUCUUCCCAUGUCACUCUCUGUUGCCCUGGCAACCACCAUAUCUCCAGCAGCCACCAGAGGCACUGGCUGGCUUUGUUAAAAAAUAUAAAUAAAAAGCUCCUCCUGUCUGGGAUGAUCUGCUGGGGGGGUCAUUCUUACUCUGAACAAGGAUAAGGGGCCUUUACACAUAUUUGUAUGCACACAGUUGUGAAUAGAUGGGAAAACAUCAAUCCAUUAAGUUUUGCUGGCAGCAAGUUCACAUAACGCACAAGCAAUGCCUUACCAAUAUUGAUAGAAGUUUUUGUGUGAAGACGGGUCAACAUAGGAGCAACUGCAGAAAUGGCAGCAAUUCUGCAUUUUGAUAAAUGUAAAAAAAAAAAACAUGAUUUUUAUUGAGUUUUCCAUAUUUCAUUUCAUUUCAUUACACAUAUCACAGCUUCUAUUAUUUGCUCAGACAGAGCAUCAACCUCCUCCCCUCCCUCUUUUUUUUUUUUUAGAAUGAUAUUUAUCACUUUUUCAACAUUUCCAACACAACACUACAAACAAAAAAAGGAAAAGAAAGAAGAGAAAAAACAAUACAAAUACAAUGCAAAAAUGCUACAUAGACUAACAAAGCAAACAAAAACAAUUUAAAAACACCUCAACCAUUUUCAAUAUCUUAUAUUUCAUUCACUUAUUUCCAGCGACCUCCUCACACCUCCCUUUUUGUAUUCCACUUCUAUUAUUUGUUUCAGCAAUUCCUUUCCAUCUUACUCUGUUUUCUGUUCUAUAAUUAUCUUAACACAUUCUAACCUUAUUUUUUCCUUUAAUACUUCCGGGUUGGUGCCUCCAGCAAUGGCGGAAUUCCUCUGAUCGGGAGGAAUUUGCCCCGUGGGAAUUUGGGUCUGUACCGCCACGGCGAAGGCAGAGACCCGUAAAAAUCACAGGCGGGAGAAGCCUGUGAACGUGGGAUUCGGCGGGCACCUUUUGCGCCUCCCCUACUCGUGGGGAAACCCGGUUUCGGGGAUCCGGAGCGAUGUGGGGUGAGUGGCGCGGUGCUUCGAAUCGUCUGCUUCUUCCACGGAGCGAAGCCGCAUAGCUGUUGUCGGAGAGCACUGACUUUUUCCUGUGGACAAUUUGACUCUAAAGUAAUUACCCGUGAGUAGAGCUGAAUUGGGAAGAAUUGGACUUUUAAGCUGGCAUCGAAACGGGGAGGUUCAAUACAGGAAGUCCGCCUCCCUCUUUUGUAGAUUAACUGAAGCAAGGAGACUGCAAGCUAAAGUCUUGGAAAGCCUUUUGUAAAGGACUAAAUUUCCAUCGGUAAAGAACUAAAUCCCCCCCUUUUUUGGAGGCAGGAGAACAGGGGGGGAAGUGGUGGACUGAAUAUGCCUGUAGGAGAGAGUUAAGAGAGUUAAAAUACCGCCGCUCUGACCCUGGAAACGGGCUGCUAGCAGGAUUGAUGUUUUUUGGAACGUCCAUUGACAGCGUUUAGAACGUUCAUUGACAGGUAGCUAAUCAAGAGAAUACAUUGUUUCUACUGUCUCCGGUUGUUUUUAAAAAAGGAGGAAAGUAACUGAAAACUGAAACUAACUUUGGAUUAUUGAAACUGUGUUUAAAAGAGGACAUACUGACCGAUACAAAUACAACCUGUUUUCCCCUAGUGGAAGCUUUUGAAAUUGGUUACUUUAUAGGAGCUGGGCUAGGGGAAUUUCCAGCUGCAAGAUAAAAAAGUGUGAGACUUUGGAAUUGACCUUGAAUCUCUUAAGUGUUAUGGCAAACAGAAAGGAAAAAACAGACGGGAUGUCGACAGAGGAGGCCUUAGUGGCUGCAUUAUUGAAAAUAAAUGAUUCGCUGGAACAACUCCACAAGAAAACAGAUGCGAUAAAUGUGAAAUUGGAUGUUGCAAAUAUUGAAAUUGAUUUAAUUGUAGAAAGUUCAAAUAAUUUGGGACAAAAGGUGAAUACCAAUUCAGAAACCACCCAGGAACUGACACAGGAAUCUACUCUGAUACGGCAAACUGCAGAUGAAGUCAGGGGAAAAACCCUUGCUGCUGAAUCUAAAGUAAUACAACUGGAGAGGAGAGUCCCAUCCAUACAAAGACAACUUGAUGAAUAUAAGCUGACAUUCGUUAUGAUUGAACUUAAAGAAGAACGGAUGAAUUUGAGGACCAGAGCCCGAUCUGAAUUGGAAAAGGAAAGCUUGACAGAGUUUCAGGAGGCGACAGGACUAACAUUGGUUGAGAAACAGAGGUAUUUGGGGGUUGGUAUGACCGCCAAAAAUGUGAAUCCGCUUAAGGAUAACUGUGAAGGAUGUUGGAUUGAAGAGAAGGGGGACUUGGAAAUAUGGACAAAUCAGAAGUUGUCACUGUUGGGCCGAGUUAUUGUGGUGGGGAUGAGGGCUGCUGUGUUGCUGGGGAUGUUGCUUUUGUUUCAAACAUUGCAAGCUUUGGAUGGGAUGGAGGGUCUCAGGAGGUGGCAGAGGGAUGCUCCUAGAGUUGUUUGGCAGGGCAGGAAGCCUCGAGUAAAACUUAAGAUAUUGUUGGAUGCCAAAGAAGGAGGUGGACCUGCCCUGCCAGACCUUUAAACUUUGUUGUGAACCAUCUGCUUUUUGCUGGUUGAGAGAAUGGUUGCUUUUUGAAAACACUGAAGUGUUGGACAAUGGCAGAUGAAGUUGAUGGACUAUAUGGAAUUGGCAGAAAUGACUGGCAAGAUCCGAGACCAGGGUGAAGAGUCGGCGGAAGAAGAUUGGAAAAAGUUUAAAGACUAUUUAUAGAAAUAUUGUAAAAUUAAGGAAUGUUAGAAAAAUGUUGGAAUGAAAUUACAUGGCUUUAGUAGAAAUGUCAUAAGGAAUUAAGUAUAAAUAGAUUAAUAGAAAAUUAAAGGAAAAGUAUGGCAUAAAUGUAAAGGUGUUAUUAAUGUCAAAAUUCUGGCCUUAAUUGUAGGAAGUUGCAUUCAAAUAAAGCGUAGAUUAGGGACAAAAUGCAGUGGCGUGUGGGAUCAGCCAAUGACCAGUCAUGCCCUUCUGCCAGUCUAAUGUUUGAGUCUGGAGUUUUUGGGUCAUCAGGGAGUGCAAUAACCUCAUGAAUGAGUACAUUGGCUGUGAGGAGCAUCUUGACAUGAGAAUGCUAGCAGGUUAGAAGUGUUCUCUUCCGGUGUAAGAACAGCAAGGAGUAGCAAAGGGGAAAACAGAUCUUAACUGAAGACGCCGUGAAAUUCUGUUGCUUUUAGUUUUCCAAUAUGAUGCAACUGGUUGUCCCGUCUUGACAUGUAAAAAUUCCACGUGAUCCAUCUCUUCCUGACACAAUAUACUUCAUAAACUGAUUUUUACCAUUCUUAAUUUUUUUCAUUUAAAAACUAAGGCUUUUUUAAAAAAACAAAAACUUAAAAAUCUGCACCCCUCAGCAAAAUGUGACCAUAUUAUUUCCAUUUCCUGAAGGUAAUGCUAAACUGGAAAUAACUUGUGCUAAGUCAUUGAGGAGCCAUAAACUAGUUCCAUGACUUCAGGCCAAUUUCUGUGUUACCUUGAUGACACUGUCACUGGCAAAAAAAACAUAAAACCCUGGUCCUCAAGGGAAGCAGUUUGUAUGCUGGCUUCUUAUGCACUGCCGGUGUAGUUUGAGCCGAUGCAUACAAUGCAUUGCCUUGCACAAAUUGCUUCUCAUGUGAAACAGUGUGCAUACAACUCCCAUUUUUCAGUGGCUACCGUAACACAAAAGUAAGAUAUUGAGUCUUAGGCCCCUUACUUAAUGUCUUUACACAAAGGACCCAAUUGGAUAUAACCCUUAAUCAUAUUUUAGCACUACAGAAAUUAGCAGAAGCAGGCCGCAGACUUCCUUUCCCCUUCCCCUUUUCAAGCAUUGCUGCAAGGAAGAGAUUCAAAGCAUCUACUUCCAAGUUUAUUUUAUUUCAGUUAUUUUUUUAAAAUACCUAGUUUCUUGCAAGCUUACUUUAAACUAUGGUUUAUUGAAAGGUGCCAGAAUUCAGCUGUUGUUUUUGUUCCUGGCUCAAUCCAGCUAGCAGCAGUGUGAAAUUUAGCCUGAUGUUCAACACCAUAGCCUUGCUAUCAAUAGCAUGGGACCUGUUUGGUAGGUGCUUUGCUGGGGCUUAUGGUACUUUGACCACUAAUCAUUUUGCAUCUGGGCCCUACAGGAGGAGUUUGAGAAAGCCAUGAGAUGGUAUGAAUCAACAUUGAAACUCCAACCUGAGUUUGCACCAGCGAAGAAUCGGAUCCGUGCCAUUCAGUGUCAUUUACUCAUGAAAAAAGAAAGACGUUCUCCUUAAAGAUCACAAUCUUCUUCAUUUUUCCCUUUGGUUUUUAAAAGACAACUGAAUCAUUCUUCACUAUUAUGCUUGUAAUGAGGUGUGCUAAUAUAAAUUGGGAAACCAGGAUUUUAACUAAGAAUUUGGGAUUGUUUUUAUUGUUCAGAAACGGAAGCAUCCUUGGAAGCAUUACAGAAAAAAACAUUUUUAUUAAACAUCUGUAUAAUUAAAUAUUGAGCCCAGAAACUUUCCACAUGCCUGUGACCCAAACAUCCUUAGAUUUUUUUCCCAUAAAACAAAUUGGUGCCAGCAUAGAAUGUAACUUGCUUCUUGUCUAGCAUAUCUAUGAAAAUGCAAAGCACAUCAUUGCACCAGACACACUACGUAGGAAGAAGAUUUUUAUCCAUCAGAAACUCACAUGUUACCAUUUCUUCCAGUCCAUAUUACAGCAUUACCAGCUCAGAGAUUGAUUGUGAGAUAAGAAUGCAGGUGGCUGCAGACCCUUUUUUGUACUGUUUUUAGGGGGAGGAGGAGAAGCGGCAAGCACAACAUCUAGUUGUAAAAUCAUUUUUAUUUUGGUUACCUGAAGAAAAGGGAAGUAAGACAAAACAUUAUUUAAGAGAUUUUAUAUCCAUAUAUAUGUGAAACCCACUGCAGCCCUUAGCCUGUCUUUACUAAUUUUUUGUUUUACCCAGCUGAGUGCAAGGUGCAAAUGUUAAAGGCAUUUGUCCACAUGCUCUGUGACUCUACAAGUUAGAUAAAGUGAGAGCAUUUUAGCAAACAAGGCAAACGGUCUGUUUCCAAAUCAGUACCCACCUUGAUCAGUGAAGGACUUGAAGCUCCAUGUCUCAUUGUUGAAUCAACAAGGGCACAUAACUUGGAACAAAAAUAAAGAAUUAUGUUAAUGAAGAGAAUGCUGGCCUCUCUUUUUAUAUAGUCAAAUGUCUUUUACAACAAAUGUGGUGCAAUUGCCUUAAGUUGUAUUGAAUGUACAAUAGGGAUCAGGUUCAGCUUUGUUACACUGGAGUACAAGUGGUCUUUGGAUUGUGUUCUAUAUGUGACUCUCUGGGCAUUUGACUCCACACACUUCCAGCUGCAUUGAGUGGGAGAAUAGGUUCACACUUGUCCAUGUGCUGCAAAUUAGAAUGCAGCAGUGUCUGAACUUUUAAGACACAGGGAAAGCUUACACCCCUAGAGCAGACUCCCCUCCUCAGACUUUUUCUCCUCUGCAAACAACAUAUUGCAAAAUCUUUCUAAAAGUUUGCAUUCAUUACAUAUGAUCAACUAGGAACUAAGAGCAGCCAGCUCCUGCCUACUGUCAACUUGGAGAUCAGGCAUGCCAGACCCUAGUUACUGCUGAAGGCUUGAAAACGCAAAUGACAAUGGCUCCCACUGAGCUAGACGUACAUGUAGGUCACAACUGAUGGUCCAAAACAGAGGCUCACAAGUUCCUUUAAAUAUGGUAGGCAGGUGCAUCACCAUACAUACCUUGCACAUCCAGCCUGCAUCUUCAGCUUCAGCAAGAUAAGCACACAUGGAAAUCUGCUCCAACACUCAUUGCCAUUGUUGGAUUGCAAAGCAGUGAGGACUAGGAUAAUUACAUUUUUGCCAGAUUAGGCCAGAGGACAUUCUGUAGUGAGGAUGAUCCUUCCCAUUGGACUUGGUAGGGAGGAUCCUUGGAACUGUUCAUCUAUAGCUCAGUAGAGCAUGAGACUCUUAAUCUCAGGGUCAUGGGUUGGAGCCCCACAUUGGGUGAAAGAUUCCUCAUGGUCCCUUCCCAUUCUAUGACUCAAGCUAUUCAAGUCCUUUUCCAGGUGGAAUUGUCCUUCCCGCCAGACUUACCCUUUUCUUUCUUGUCUUGGGGCGGGGGGGGGGGAUCUAGCUGAUUGAUCCUUUCCUGCAACUUAUCACUGUUCUUUUUUCCUUAUGUUAUCUCUCCUUCUCUAGUUUGUUGUCCUCUGCUGCCUUCUAGAAUUGUUUUUCUGAUUCUUUGCCUUGGUUAUUUGUCAUAUAGCAUGUGAUAUUUAGUGCCUUUGUUCGUCCUGAGGUUGUUUUCUUCACCCCACACCUUUUUAAAAUUUUCUGCAUGGUUCCUGAGAUUCCAGGGGUGGGAUGAACAUUUUCAUCAUGGGGUUGAGGAGCUUAUUAUGGCUCUGCUGGUUUGGUCUUGAGUGCCACUCUUCUGCCUGGAGACCCUGCCUACGAAGUAUAGUGGGAGGCACCCUCUCUUGAGUGUCCUGCAACAUAACCUGUAAACAGAAAUGCACAGUUAGAACCAAGUUCCAUUUUCAUUAAGUUAUGAACACUGUUGCAUUGCUAGAUAAGUAACCAGUAAAACUCGGGGUUGUGUGCCUUCACCUUUUUUCUAAAUCCAUAACUUACAUAUUGCUAAUUUGUAUGCAGCAGAGAGAAAUACUGAAAUGAUAUUUUCCCAAAAUAAUUAAGAAGCUUUCAGUCUCUUUCACCUGAAGAGCAGGAAAGGUCAAUCAUGGCAUUCUGGCAGAUCAGGUCAUUGCUCUUUCUCUGGAAAAUGGUCUGGAGGUCUGCUUUCUUGCACCCGGUUUUCUGUUCCCAUUGCACUUGCUUCCACCACUUGAGAAACCAUUUUUCUGCCUUUGCCAACCACUACCUUGUACCUAGCGCUGCUUGGUGGAUCUCAAGAGUUUUUAUAAAAACAAAUCCCACAAGCAUAGACUCUGCCCAUGCCUACAACAUCUGCCAUUAAGGAAUAUGAUGAGGUGAUGAGUCCAUGAGAUUUGAUUCCAUGCUUCUUGAUGUUUGGGGGCGUCAGAAAUGAAGCUGAUGUAUGUUCAUGCAUAUUUCAGAAGAAGAUUACAUGGAUCUUCUAUAUGGGACUACUGUAGAAUUUAAUCAGAGAUAGGCAUCAGGUUACAAUAUUAUUAUGAGUUUGUGGGUGCUAAACCCUUAAUUACUGGGUUCAGUAGGUAUCAGAAUCUAAUUAAGGGUCAGUGUUAAAACUGCUACGCCUGUGUGUAUUUAAGCCUGUGUAUUAGAUGCUUCUAAAUCUUCUGGAAUUAGCAUGUGGCGCUGUGGGUUAAACCACAGAGCCUAGGAUUUGCCAAUCAGAAGGUCGGCGGUUCGAAUCCGUGACGGGGUGAGCUCCCGUUGCUCGGUCCCUGCUCCUGCCAACCUAGCAGUUUGAAAGCACAUCAAAGUGCAAGUAGUUAAAUAGGUACCGCUCCGGCGGGAAGGUAAACGGCGUUUCCGCGCGCUGCUCUGGUUCACCAGAAGCGGCUUAGUCAUGCUGGCCACAUGACCCGAAAGCUGUACGCCGGCUCCCUCGGCCAGUAAAGCGAGAUGAGCGCUGCAACCCCAGAGUCGGCCACGACUGGACCUAAUGGUCAGGGGUCCCUCUACCUUUACCUUUAAGCUUGUCUAAGCUUCCUGUGUUGAGGUAGUCACCUGAGGAAUGGGCCAUUAGGACAACAAAGCAUCAAAGAAACUCUUUGAGAGAUGGCAGAGGGGUGGGGACUCUUUCACUUAGGAGAUAAAGCCAAAAGCUUAAGAGAAGAGCGAGAGGAAGCAAUGUGGGCCAAAAGCUUAGAAGGUAGGAGUAAUGUGACAAGCAGAAAGCAGGAGGCAGAGAGAUGCCUGAGGACAAUUUGAAUCCAGGACUGUAUCUUGGGAAGAAGCAAGGCGCUCUUGGUGUGUGGUACUGGGAACCUCUCCAUCGAAAACUCAGGUUAUAUAUCUGUGUAAAUAAACCAUAUACUGUAUCAUAAAGACACUACAAUAUCUACUGUGCCUCAUUUUUCCAAAAGGAAACACAGACCCUGGAAUAUCUCACUACUGAGAAGAUUGGGAUAGUGCGUAACAAUAUAUAGACAUGUUGUAUAUCUGUUGAUAAAAUGGCAUGCUUACCUUCCACAGAUUGGAGUGAAAAUAAGUAAUAAAACUCAAGAAUUUG